CCUCCCUCCCUGCCUGCCUGCCUGCCAUCAGUGCCUGGCGGCGGAGGCCGGCGCUGGUUGCCUCGUUCGCUCCGCCGCUUCGUCACCAGGCGCCGCUGUGUGACAGACGCCCCAGGGAGCCGAGCGAGUUCGGUGGCCGGAGGAGCGGAGGCGAGGCCCUCUCGGGGGGCAGCGCCGGCGGCUGAGGGGGGAAAGGGGGCGUCGGAGAGGGCGAAGGGAGCGAGGAAGGGGCGAGGCGGCCGGCCGGCCGGAGCCAUGGCCGGGGCCGGCGGCGCUGCGGCCGAGCCACCGCCGCCACCUCCGCCUCCCCUCCUUCUUUCUCCUCCUCCGCCGCCGCCUCAGAAGGAGCUGGUUUACAACAAGCUGCUGCCCUAUGGCGACAAGCUGGAGGCCGAGGCCGGCCGCCUCCUCUCCCGCAUCAAGCUCAACCUCAGCUGGGCCGUGCAGCUCCAGGAGCUCUGGCCCGGAGGCCUCUUCUGGAGCAGGAAGCUCUCCACGUGAGUGGGGCGAAGGGUUGCUUGUUGGGGGGAGGGGGGGAGGAUUAUUGGGGGGUCUAUUUCUCCCCCCCCAUCAUAUUAAGUUUCAACAUUUUCAACAAACACACAUUCGCCUCUUCAUUUUCUCGACUUCCCCUUCCUUCCUCACCCCGGAGUUAUUGUUUCUUCCCUUCUGCUGAGCCCCGUCUUCUAUCUAUCAAAUCAGAACCGCAAUAUUUAUUAUUGGGGUUCCUUUUUUUGGGGGGGGGAGGACCGUCUAGGUCAGGACGCUCUGAAAGGUGGGGAGGGGGGUGUUGCAGUGCAAUAUCCAGCCCUUUCCUCCAACUCUUUCGCUGGGGGCUUUGCCGGUGUUUGGUGUAAGAAACACCCCCCCCUUCGGGGUUUGGGGAAACAAAUGCCACCCAUUCACACACACCCAUAGGCAGGCUUUCUGUUGUGGGGUGGGGGGAGAGAACCCUAGUUAGAUAAGUAUUUUAAUGUAUUUAUUGACUUGGUUGUCCCCCCCUCCCUUGGCUACACCCAUGCACCCCCUUUUUUUAUUUACAAAAAGGCAAGCCUCUGUUCUUGUGGGUGGGGUUCCCUCUUCUCUCUUUUUCUUCUCUCUUCCUGAGGCUGGGGGGGGGGUGUCAGCCUAGGGGUGGCACUUUGUCCUCACCCUACAUCAGGCAACCUGGAGUGGGGAGGGAAAAGGGGAGAGCACCCACCACCAUUCGUAAUCUGGAGUUUUAGGAAACGCCAUAAAUAUGCCUUAAUGAACCACAAGAACAGUUGCUAUAAUUAAUAGCUGGAAGGAACCAGGCAGGCGGUUUUGAGCUGGGUUUCUAGGGAGUUAAGCCCCCCCCCCCCCCGCAAUUGCAAUGGGAUUUAAGCUUCCCGUGGAAAAGAAAUAUGUUCUGGAUUGUAGACAAAAGAGUCCUGUGGUGCUUGGAAACCUAACAGCCGCCCGGUGUUUCCCUGGUGUUCGUGUUUCGCUUUGUUGGGAGGGCAUGGCAGCAGUGUGUCAGUUGUACUCAGGGUAAUAUGGAUGUCUCUCUCCCCUCCACCCCAAAUGAGGGUAGUAGGGUUUGGUGGGGUAUGCAUUCUUCCGAGAUGUAGUUCCUCUGUUUUGUCCCCGUUGUGCUCUGUUAAGUGACAGGACCACAAAUAUUGUGAGAGGGUGUAAGGUUUUUAACCUGCCUUGUGUCUGAAGUGUCAGGGCAGGUAAGAACACAUAAAGCAAUUAAGUCAUCAAAACACAUGCAGAAAAAACAGCCUACGUGUCCUUAACAAACUUUUUGGGUGCCUCAGGGUAACUGUGAGCGGUGCAGCCUGAAGAAUCUGCCAGUGAUCGGAAAAAUGAUGUUUGAUUCUCCCUUCUCCUUUCCACUUUGUUGGGCAUCCUUUGAUUGCUUAGACAAUUUGUGGCUUUAAGGCACACCUUAUCCGGUCCUGUCCUCCCCCCCCCCACCCUAAUACAGAAGGUAGAUAUUUUUAAAAUGGGAGAUGAAUAAACACUGCAUUAACUCCUUACCUAUGCCAGUUUCUGGUAGCAACUAAGGCCCCGGGUAUUUCAAAAAGCCGUUUCUUUCAAAUCUGGCCCCUGAGGCAAAUGGGCAACUGGCGUCUGUUUGGGGUGUGUUUGGUGGCUCCCAGGUUCUACAGUUCCCUGGAUGAAGGAGUAGCCUGUGCUACUCCUUUUACAUUCAGCAACUUAGUUCUAUGCCACGUGUCUACCAUUGUCUGCUGCUGUCUGCAUGACUCCAGCUUCCCCAAGGCUUUGUCUGGCACUAUUUUUGUAAGUGUUAUGAUCAGCAGGGGGCUUGGUUGGGCUUUGAGUGUUUGUAAGAUUGCAGCUUUGCUUUUGAAGGACAUCUUCUGACUGGGGCAUGUGCCUCUGGGGACCUUUUUUUAGGAAUGAGCAGCCACCCCUUCUGUUUGUGCAACCUCCUGUGUGGGCUUGUGUUUGGGAAGUGUCAUCUUUCAAGGCUGCUUGAGUCUUGGACUUUGGGAAGAGGAGGGUUUUGUUAGCUUUAGUGAUGGUAGUCGUUCCCUGAGCUUUCUACUUAGGCAGCUAAUAAAUCAUACGCAGGUCAUUACUCCUAAAAAUAGUUUAUCACUUUUUGUUGCCAAAACUAGCGCAUAGGUUUUGUUCAGUGACUUCAUAAGCUACUUGCAACUGUCCUUGCCUUUUUAAACUAGAUUACAAAAUAGCAUUUGCAUUUAGUUCCAAAACAAGCACUGCAUUUCACUUUCACGGUUCAAAGCCUAGCUAGUAACUUGCAGAGUUUAAUCUCUUACUCAUCUCACAUAACGUUUGUUCAUACUGCUGUGUCAGCAAAGGAAAAAGAAAAGUGUGUUUUGAGCUGGACAAGGGCAAAAGCACCAACUUCUAGUUCAAGGACUUCUUUGUCUUCUGGGGCACUGAUAAAAUGUUUUUGCCUUGUCAUUGUGCUGUCCCUACAGAGAAAUAUUAAAAGCGAAGCUGUGUUAGUCUGUAGCAGUUUCUUUCCUUGCUGCUAUAGCAUCUUGGAGGGGUGACUAGUUUAUUGUGACAUGAAUUCUUUGGAAUACAUAUCUUGGUUUCUCUAGUAGAUGAAUGUAACAGACUUGACUACAAAAACUGAUGCUGCAGCAAACCAGAUAAUUGUCAAGGUGGAAAUAUAUCUAUUAAGCACCCAAACCACAGCUUGGAAUACAAUCAAUAAAUUAAGACUAAAAUGAUGGACAUACCCAAAGGCCUACAAUCUAACAAAGGUACCACAACACUUUCUGCCACUUCAGUUCUAGACCUAAUCUCUUUCUAAUAGUGACUUAAAAUAAAAUGGACUGCGAGGAUACAUUUCAUUAACAUUUCACACUACUAAAGAGAGAAAACCAAGGCAAAGGUUUAAUUGGGCGAAGGGUAUACUAGAUUGCCUGUUUUGAAUCUGUUUGUGCUAUUACGUAUUUUUCAAAAAUAAUGUAAAGAGCAGGUGUUGACAGCAAGCAGAAUUUCGGUAUUGUGCCUAUAGCAUGCUCAACAAACCUGCUACACCUAGUACUGGGUGUGGAGAGUGCAGCUGAAUGGGACACAAUUGUGGGCAGCCUGAGGAUGUACCAUCCACCUUGGGCCUGCCCAUAAAAAGCAAGUCUUGUGUAAGUGACUAGGGUGAUGCCUGCUGUUUCCAGGAACUCUUCUCAUUGUGAGACUGUUAUGGGUGCCGUAAUUUGAGAGUUUGUUUGAGCCCUGGGUGAGAAGCCGGAGGCUGAGAGGGAGGGUGUGUUGGAAGUAAAAUGAAUUGAUAUUGAUUUAUAUAUGUUAGAAAAUUUGUAUUAAUGGAACAUUUUAAUAUGCAACUCAAUUUUUGUAAUACUUUGUUUAUAUCGUUGUUUCUUCAGUUUUUUGUGCACCGCUUAGAGAUGUUUUAAGUAUAUUAAGUGGUAUAGAAAUUAAUCAAUAAUCAAUCAUACAAUAAAAAAGUUAGUGCCUUUCAUUGAGCCUUAAAAUCACUUGCUUAUGUUUAGACAUGUUGAGGUCAGCUGUUCAAUGGAAAUGGUUUCCAAUUUGUGGUAUUUUUGUAUGUUUCAACCAUGUUUAUGUUUUAUGCUUGUUUUUAGAAGGUUAAAAACAGCUUACAGAGGUCUUUUAGUGUUCUCCCAUAAGGGCUAUGUCUCAGUCCACACUAACAUAACAGUGCUACGGCAUUGUUUGCUCUUAGGCUAUUCAUUGCCAAAAGGUGUUCUAAUUGUUUUAAUAUAUUUUUUAAUAGAACUAUCUUGCUGGGACACCUCAGGUGGUAGAGCAUGAGAGUUAAUUUCAGAGUCGUGGGUUCAAGCUCUAUGUUGGGCAAAAGAUUCUUGCAUUGGAGGGACUAGAUGACCCUUGUGGUCCCUUCCAGCUCUACAGAUCUUUGAUUUUAUAAUUAAGCUGAGGCAUCCUGGUGUGUGAAGGGAAGAGCAGCCAACUGUGUGCAAGGGAAUGAAGCUUGUUCAUAUGCCAUCUUAUUAAGAUGAGAUGUGAUUGUUCAAAUACAGCAAUUAAGAAUCAACCCUGCUACUGCAUGCGUAGUGUCCUCCUGAGUUUUAGUUAGAAAAUUUACACCCCAUUUUUCUCAUAUAGACUUAGGGUGACCUAUAAUAAAUACUGUAUUGUAAAUGAGGACUUUGUGAUAUAAAUUCAUACUUCAAAAUUCUUAUUUUGGUACUCCAUUUAGUAUUUAUUCUUUAUUCGCUUUUGCUGGCAGCUUAAUUUGCUUUGGUCCAAGUGCCACCAGAGACUGAUGAGUCUAGUCUUCCCAGUUUCAUGUGCAGGUCACGUGAUUUGUUAGGGACCAGGAAUACCAUUAGACAUUUCAUCACUGUUACAGAUGAUGCAGCAAAACUGCAUCAGAGGAAUGAAAGAUACUGUGCUUCCAAUGUUCCCCAUAUACCUGGAGAUAGCAGUCCAUAGGGCAUUGCUGUUGUUGUUGAUGUUAGAGACAGGAUAGUUGUCGAAGCCUCUGAAGGGCAUGGCUGUGGCUCCUUGCUUCCCCAGGCUCAGCUGGAUUUGGCUCUUAGCUCGGUUCAGCUUGGCUGGCGAAGAGAAUCAGUGCGGGAACAGCAGUCCUCCAAGCCCUCGCACUUGACAUAUUGGUGUUCCAAAUCUGUUUUAGUCACACCAGAGUGUAAUGGAACUUGGGAAACUGGCAAUGUACAUUAGUAAAAAGAAACUUUUGGGGGCCGGGGGCGGGUUGUUUGGCAGAAUAUCAAUCUGCCUUUUGCAUCAUUGGAAGUGACUUUGUUUACUAGGAAAGAUUUUUAGAUAGGAUUACUUCGGUAGAUAUAAUAUGACUCACAUGAUUGCCUUACAAGACAUCUUGAACUUGAGUAGACAUAGUGUGACACUGUUUUUCCUUUAACCAUCUGCUGCUACCUCAGUGUUGUUUACAGUGAGGCCUGUUUUCAUUCUGGUAGGAGUUAUGUGGUAAUGCUGUCAAAACAUGUUGCCUACAAAAUAAUCAGGGUUCUGAAAAGCCAUGUGAUUUUGGAAAAGCCAUGUGAUUUUCCAGUCAGGAUUCAAGCCUCAUCAUGGGACUGAAACUGCCUUGGUCGCACUGGUUGAUGAUCUCCGGCGGGCUAGGGACAAAGGUGAGAGCUGUUUCCUAGUUCUGCUGGAUCUCUCAGCGGCGUUUGAUACCAUCGACCAUAACAUCCUUCUGGACCGUCUUGAGGGGCUGGGAGCUGGGGGCACUGUUAUACAGUGGUUCCGCUCCUUCCUCCUGGGCCGUGUUCAGAAAGUGGUGGUGGGGGAUGAGUGUUCAGACCCCUGGGCCCUCACUUGUGGGGUGCCUCAGGGUUCUGUCCUCUCCCCCAUGCUUUUCAACAUCUACAUGAAGCUGCUGGGAGAGAUCAUCAGGGGAUUUGGACUGGGUGUUCAUCAGUAUGCGGAUGAUACCCAGCUCUACCUCUCUUUCAAAUCAGAACCAGUGAAGGCAGUGAAGGUCCUGUGUGAGUGCCUGGAGGCGGUUGGAGGUUGGAUGGCGGCUAACAGAUUGAGGUUGAAUCCUGACAAGACAGAAGUACUGUUUUUGGGGGACAGGAGGCGGGCAGGUGUGGAGGAUUCCCUGGUCCUGAAUGGGGUAACUGUGCCCCUGAAGGACCAGGUGCGCAGCCUGGGAGUCAUUUUGGACUCACAGCUGUCCAUGGAGGCACAGGUCAAAUCUGUGUCCAGGGCAGCUGUGUACCAGCUCCAUCUGGUACGCAGGCUGAGACCCUAUCUGCCUGCGGACUGCCUCACCAGAGUGGUGCAUGCUCUGGUUAUCUCCCGCUGGAUUACUGCAAUGCGCUCUACGUGGGGCUACCUUUGAAGGUGACCCGGAAACUACAACUAAUCCAGAACGCGGCAGCUAGACUGGUGACUGGGAGCGGCCGCAGAGACCACAUAACACCGGUCUUGAAAGACCUACAUUGGCUCCCAGUCCGUGUCCGAGCACAAUUCAAAGUGUUGGUGCUGACCUUUAAAGCCCUAAACGGCCUUGGUCCAGUAUAUCUGAAGGAGCGUCUCCACCCCCAUCGUUCUACCCGGACACUGAGGUCCAGCACCGAGGGCCUUCUGGCGGUUCCCUCACUGCAAGAAGCCAAGUUACAGGGAACCAGGCAGAGGGCCUUCUCGGUAGUGGCGCCUUCCCUGUGGAACACCCUCCCACCAGAUGUCAAAGAGAACAACAACUGCCAGGCUUUUAGAAGACAUCUGAAGGCAGCCCUGUUUCGGGAAGCUUUUAAUCUUUGAUGUAUUAUAGUAUUUUAAUAUUCUUUUGGAAGCCGCCCAGAGUGGCUGGGAAGCCCAGCCAGAGGGGCGGGGUAUAAAUAAUAAAUUAUUAUUAUUAUUAUUAUUAUUAUUAUUAUUUAUUAUUAACCUACUAGUUUUAACCUUUUGCAGUGUAUUAUGAUAGUAUAUGACUUGUCAUUCUGUUUUUAUGGAUGAUGUUAGUAUAAAGUAAUGGAAUGAUCAAGCAGUAUGGCUUGGUAUGUUAUGUUUGGGAAAUUAGACUUGUACCCAUCUCUGUAUCCUGCAUCCAGUAGUGCAGGCUUCAUCAAACUCGGCCUUCCAGAUGUUUUGAGACUACAAUUCCCAUCAUUCCUGACCACUGGUCCUGCUAGUUAGGGAUCAUGGGAGUUGUAGGCCAAAAAAACAUAUGGAGGUCCGAGUUUGAGGAAGCCUGCAGUAGUGGCUGGAUCCAGAUGUUUUAAGAGCUCUGUUUUUCACAGUCCAUUGCAAGAUGCUUGUAAUUUAAUGUUUACAAACUCUGUCACGAUGAUCGGAGUCCUGGCAGGUAUACUACCUAACAGUUGUCUAGUUUAAAUAAUUUACAAUGUUUCUGUUUAUUUAUUUCAUAAAAUGUAUACAACACUUGAUUGUAAAAAAACCUCAAAGUGGUUUACCAAAAGAUAAAACAAGAAAAUCAACAAAAAUUAGCAACCCUGCUUAUAAAUAGCUAGUAAUAUACAGUAUAGCUAGCAUUACAUGUCAAUGCAUUGCUUCAGUGGUAUACCAUACUAUUUGACUGACUCUGUGCCAUACACAGAUGCAAUCUGAGUUGGCAAUUCUACAGGAAGAACAUGGGAGAGCAAGCUUUUUUCUGUCCAUGGCCAGAUUUCCUUGUGGGCAAUCUGUCAGAAGUUGCUUGCAUCAGUGGGUGGGGCCAAAGGCAGCAGCGGAUGGGGUCACCCUUCUCUCUCCCUCUUCUUUCCAAUCCAGGAAGCUGACAGAGGAAGUAGCAGAUCACUCUUGAAAAAAAGUGUGAAGUAAUUGCUUGUAGAUGGCUUUUGAAAUUAAUUAGCCACUGCAUGACAGCCAACUCAGAACUCCUGGUCCAGAGGGUGAAUAAGUUAAGAACAAUAAUUUGAGAGGGCGUGCUUCAAAAUUAAAAGGGCAAAUCAUGGCUAGGAAAUUGAAAGUGACAUGAAUGUUGAACUUGCAUUUGGAAACUCUUCAAACUUGCUCCUCCAGUUCACCAUUUGGUGUGUCAUGAUAAAGAGCAGGAAAUAACUCUGCCUUGAGGGAACAGCAAUUUGAUGGCAUACCUGAACACUGACACUUCUGUUCCACACCCUAGUGCAAGGGCACAUGGCUUAUUCAGCACUGAAGUGCUCAGGGGAAAUAGUAGCUAGAGGGCUGCUGCUAAUCUGCACCUUCUGUUUAAUAGAGGAUACUGAGCAACAGUACUCUGAGCCAAAAUGUUGUUAUGAAAGUAUUGCCUGUACAGUGGUGCCCCGCAAGACGAAUGCCUCGCAAGACGGAAAACCCGCUAGACGAAAGGGUUUUCCGUUUUGGAGGUGCUUCGCAAAACGAAUUUCCUAUGUGCUUGCUUCGCAAGAUGAAAAUGUCUUGCGAGUUCCUGCGGGGGUUUUUUCCUUUCCCCCCCCUUUUUCCCAAGCCGCUAAGCCGCUUAUCAGCUGAUCGUUAAGCCGCUUAACAGCUGAUCGCUAAGCCGCUUAACAGCUGAUCGCUAAGCCGCUUAUCAGCUGAUCCGCUAAGCCGCUAAUACUGUAGCGCUAAUCCGCUAAACCGCUAAUGGGCUUGCUUCGCAAGACGAAAAAACCCGCAAGACGAAGAGACUCGCGGAAUGGAUUCUUUUCGUCUUGCGAGGCACCACUGUAAUAUAAAACAAAAUUGAGUGAGCACUUGUUGGAGAUAAUGGGCGGUAUCCAAGUAACACAUCCCACCAGUGCAAGGAUUUACACAUGUGCAAUAGAACUUCUACACCUGCUUCCAGGUGUGUGCCCCGCACCCUCUCCAAAUCUGCUUUAGGGUUUAGGAAACUUAGAAAAAAUGAGGGGGGGGGGAGUUCCAUUUCACAAGUGGAAAUUCUUGUACUCAAGAUGUGUCAGUAGGAUCCCACCCAAGAAAGGUUGGGAAAAAGGCAUAUGAAACAGCAAAUGACACCCUGCUCCUUUAACAGUUUUAGAAAUUGGGCUUCUAACCCUUCACAUUUGGGAGUCGUAGAUGAUUGCAUAGGAUAUUAUUAUUAUUAUUAUUAGUAGUAGUAGUAGUAGUAGUAGUAUUAAUGCCCCGCCCAUCUGGCUGGGUUUCCCCAGCCACUCUGGGCAGCUUCCAACUGAAUAUUAAAAACAAUACAGCAUCAGACAUUAAAAACUUCCCUAAACAGGGCCGCUUUCAGUUGUCUUUUAAAAGUAAAAUAGUUGUUUAUUGCCUUGACAUAUGCUGGGAGGGCGUUCCACAGGGCAGGUGCCACUACCGAGAAGGCCCUCUGCCUGGUUCCCUGUAACCUCACUUCUCACAGCGAGGGACCUGCCAGAAGGCCCUCGGAGCUGGACCUCAGUGUCUGGGUUGAAUGAUGGGGGGUGGAGACGCUCCUUCAGGUAUACAGGACCAAGGCCGAGAAUUAUAAACAUAUGUAAGCCUAUGAACAUAUGCUGCUCCAAUAGCACUUACAUUUCAACCUUUUCCUUCUAUUAUGUGUUGAAUUCCCAACACCCUUUCAUGAGUACAGAAUAUGAAUGUUGGACAAAGAGGAUUCUCAGUUGAAACCUUAUGAAAAUAUAUUCAGCACUGGUGAUGCUGCUACCAAGCUAUGUGUAUCUCUCCAAUCUCCCCAAAUUUAAAAUAGCUGAUGUUUAAAAUUAUGGCUGAAAAAUGCUGGCUGUCCAGGAAAACAGCAGAGUCAGCCACUGUUGUCUCACAAAUCACGAUUGUAAUUUGCAAACCUAAGAGGUUUAGAGCACUGGCAGCUUCACAGAUUUGCUGAAAAUAAAAAGAUAGGUUAGAGAAUGAAAAGCCAUCAAUGAUGGCUUUAAAAUAACGGUUCUCAUACCUAAGAUAAAUUACCAUAUUUACAAUAUCCUUAAAUAAGUUUCUUAAUUAUGAUAUCAUAUUGGGAGUAUUAUUUUCUGAGCUCUGGGAAUUUCCCUGGUACUGUGUGAAGAAAGUUAAAAAUAAAGCAAAGUUACAAUUUACAUUAAAAAGCUUGAAUAGUUACAAUUGAAUGGAUUAAGCAAUCAAAGCAAGUAGCUAAAUAUUUUAACAUAAAAAGUACAAAUGGAACCACCCACCUGUUACUAUGAUGUCAUAGUGAUGGCAGGUGAUUGACAGCUCUCAAAAUUGGUCGCCAUAACUACUGAUCAUUGAGCAACCUCCUUUGAAGAUGCCCUUUCAGCACCAACCAGUGGAUUGGUGCUAGGAGUGUGCUGUCAAAGAUGCUCCCUUUAAAUCAAUGGUCCAUCAGUUAGGGGAGUCCCUUUGCAGUUGUUGCAGAGGGGAAAAUGUUCCUGAAACUGAAGUAUUCUUCCUUCUGAAGAGAAGGCGGCUAUGAAUGGCUUCCUUUAGAAUUGCUUAUUAUUGUGUGCUUUGGAAGUGCCCUGCAAUGGCGUUUGCAAGCCCUGUGGUCAUGAACUUAUUGCAGGGUUUGCAAAGUGCCUCGUGCAGAAUCUCUGCAAAGCCCCUUUUGUCCAAGCUACCCAUCAUCUGAUAUUUUACAUGAUAGCAGGUGUAGGGCAGGUGGAUAUGGCUUUAUCCAUAUCCAGUGUGGUGUAGUGGUUAGGAGCGGUAGACUCGUAAUCUGGUGAACUGGGUUCGUGUCUCCGCUCCUCCGCAUGCAGCUGCUGGGCGACCUUGGGCUAGUCACACUUCUCUGAAGUCUCUCAGCCCCACUCACCUCACAGAGUGUUUGUUGUGGGGGAGGAAGGGAAAAGGAGAUUGUUAGCCGCUUUGAGACUCCUUCGGGUAGUGAUAAAGCAGGAUAUCAAAUCCAAACUUCUUCUUCUUCUUCUUUAUUAUCAUUAUCAUUUAUUUAUUUAAUUUGUAUAUCACCCGUCAGGGCAGUUCACAAUAUGGAAUUACAAAAUGAGAGCACAAAAUAAAUAAUAACACAAAAACAAACCAAUAACCCCCAUCUACCAUAAACGCAAGGAAAGGAUCCAGGAGCACCCACAAGCUACAUGCCUACUCCUUCAGAGGGAGUGUAACCCCAUCAAGAGUAGGCAGCCUCCAAUCCAUCCAGUCCAGGGAACCAGUGGCGUAGCGUGGGGGGUGCAGGGGGGGCCGGCCGCACCAUCGGGGGGGCGCGCGCUCGCACUCGCAGCUCUCUGCCCCCUGCUAAAAUCCACGGGUUAGGGGGCGCAAAUUACUUGCCUUGCCCCGGGUGCUGACAACCCACGCUACACCACUGCAGGGAACUGCCCACUUUCAGUGCUUAUCUGGAUUGAGCUUCAGUUUGCUGGCUCUCAUCCAGUCCAUUACCGAGGAAAGACAACAGUCCAGCAUAUCUCCUGCUACACCUGCAGGUGUAAAGGAGAAGUAGAGCUGUGUGCCAUCAGCAUAUUGCUUACAGCAUAUGCCAAAACUCUGAAUGAGCAUACUCAGUGGUUUCCUGUGGAGGUUAAACAGUAUAGGGGAUAAAAUCAAACCCUGAGGAACCCCACAUUGAAGGCUCCACAGGGCCAAAGUGCACUCUCCAUGCAUUACCCUCUGGAAAUGACCACCCAGCCACCGCUAGGCAGUGCCACCCCCCCCAAACUCAGACUGUUGCUCCAGCAGGAUGCCAUAGUUGACGGUACCAGAAGUUGCUGAGCCUUUUCAGUGGUGGCACACAGCAUUUGGAAUGCCUAUCUCAGGGAGGCUCAUUUAUCCAGUGUCUCUGCACCUUUCUACUUGCCCAAGCCUUUCAGUAUGUUUUGAAAACAUUGGCUUUUGUUGUGUUUUUCUGCUGUGCUAUGUGUACAUGUUGUCUUGAUAUUUAUAUUUUUAUCUUCCAAGAGAGCUUGCUUGUUGAAGGGUGCCAUAUUUAAAUAAAUAAAUAAAUAAAUAAAUAAAUAAAUACAUAAAUAAAUAAAUGUUUUCCACAUUAUGUAUUUUUUCUUCUUCUUAAAGGUAUCUCCGGCUCUAUGGGAGAAAGUUUAGCAAAGAAGACCAUGUCCUUUUUAUCAAGCUCUUGUAUGAGCUAGUAACUAUUCCAAAGUUGGAGAUCAGCAUGAUGCAAGGUUUUGCACGUCUUUUGAUAAACCUGCUGAAGUAAGUUACCAUUUCAUUGCUCCUGUGUAACGGAAGUAUCUUAUGUCCUGUGGAAGAGUAAUUUGGAAAAAAAAUAGCCGACUUUGAGGCUGGAUACAAGCCUUUUUAGUUAAACGGGCCCAAAAUUUGGAUUGGCUUUUGUUGGGGGCUUGUGUCUUUCAUCAUGCUGGAUUUUGAAGGUACUCAGAAGUGUCAAAAAUCCAUCAUGACAGUAGGAGUAGGUGUUCCCUGCCCUUUCCCCAUGUCUGGCAGAAGGAGGGCGGCUGAUUCCUGAAGUCGCUCAGUCUUGCUGCUUCAAAGUGCAUUUGAGGCCCAACACAAGGUCCAAACUCCUCCAAACCAAAUUGUCUUGGUUAAUGUAACACUGAAUUAACAUUGGCAAUAAUCUCAGCUAAGGUUAAGAGUGGCCUGUACAUGUGCCUUCCCUUCUGACAUGUAAAUUCCCUUCCCUGCCACUUGUAAACUAUGGUUAAGCAUUCUAUCAGCACAAACAAACAAUAGUUUCCCUUCAAACAGAGUUUGUUAACUUCGUUUCAAAUUCCUAUUAAGAGAGAAACCUGGUUAGUGCUAUGUAAUGUGUAGUUGCAUCUACAUCUUAAACGAUUGCUUCAACUUUGUCUAGAGAAUGUCAUGAGAUAAUUUUCUUGCCAUGUUAAGGAUUACUAGGAAGCUGUGUGAAAGGGGUGAUGACUAAAGCAAAGUUGCAGCCAGACUUUCUGUUGUGCUAUUUUGGGGUAUGAAAGUUACAUCCAGUUGUAAUUAAUCAUUAAUCUUAAACUGCUUUUUUAAUUUAGGAAAAAAGAACUUCUUUCAAGGGAUGACUUAGAAUUGCCAUGGAGGCCACUGUACGAAAUGCUGGAACGGAUAUUGUACUCUAAGACUGAACAUCUUGGAUUAAAUUGGUUUCCGAAGUAAGAUUUUUGUUUUAGUUUUUAAAAAUGUGAGAUAGAACAGGUUUCCUUUUCUAUUUUAAACAUAUUUAUAAGAUACUAACGGGAUGAUGCUUUGUUGAUCCUCAAGGAUAACAGACAAAAAGUCAGAAUUUGAUUGUAGGAAUAACUUGUGUAGGGACAGCUUGCAGAAACUCAAUGUGUAAAGCCUAAAAACUUAAAAUAGCCCAACCAGCAAAUAUUAAUUUCAACUUGCUGGUUUUUCUCAGCUCUAAUUGUGCAGUUUAUCAAAUAUAUUUUCUUCAGUCAUCUGAACUAAAGAUAACAAGAUUUAGACUCUGCUUUUUGUUUUACUGUGGGUGCUCACAAUGUCUUCUAUUACUCAUGUGCCUUUUCUGGUUUACAAACAAGUGGCAUAAUUACAUUUCAUGAGAUGAAUAAUCUGAUUAGUCUAAGGUUUUAGAAAAUACUGUUUGAUAUCUGUAAGCUGUGAGUGAAAACUGGCCAUUUACAAACAGAAAAUGACACAGUGUCACCCACUUCUGAAAGGUGGCACUGCUUUACAGACAAGCCAUGGCUUAGUUGUGCUUUGCAUGUGUACUGGCCAAGUUUCAAUCCAUUGCAUCUCUAGUUAAAAGCAUCAAGGAUGACAAGAUUCUCAAAGACCUCGACCUCAGGCUCUGGAGAGUUGCUGCUAGGUGGUCGAUUGAUCUGACUUAACAUAGAAAGCAUCUUAUAUCUGUUCAUAUUAAGAAAAUUCUCAGUUUUAGAUUAUAAAGCUGGAACAAUAGCCAAGUGGUUAAGAGUAUGAUUGUUCACUCAAAGAAGCCCCCCAGUUUGAUAACUAGAAUCUCUAGCUAUCAUAAGGUCAGUGUUUUAAGUGACUUAACAUUCCUAACUUGCUUCUUGAGGUCUUUUAAACCAGGGGUGCCUAAAAUGUGACCCUCCAGAUUUUGAUGGACUAUAUAUCCCAUAAUCCUUGACUUUUGGCCAUGCUGGCUGUAGCUGAUGGGAGUUGGAAUUAAUGACACCUGGAAGGCCACAGGUCAUCCAACUCUAUUUUAAAUAGGGAUACCAGUGGUUGAAUCUUGAACUUCUUACUGUGAAGCAUGAACUAUAACUUUUGAGCUACGUCACCUCGCCCAAAUUUAAUCUCACACCUCAAUCUGGAAAGCUAGUUGAGGUACUCUUGUGAUCUUUGGUGUGCCCAGUUUGACUUCUAAUCUUUGAGGAACAGAUCCCCAUGUACGUACUGUUAAUUUCUUUCUAGUGUGCACGCGCAUAGGCACUACUAGAGGAAGGUGCUUUUUUAUCAAGCAUGAGUUUGACUCAUAGUUCUGUGAGCUGUGACCAAGCUAUAUUGCAUCUGAUGUAAAUGCACAGGGCAGGGCAUUUUCAAAAUGUUUUAGGUAAAAGAAGUGUGUAAAUUGGAAAAGAGACCUGAGGGGAAGAAGUAAGCCCCAUUGCAAAAAUUUAAGAUUGACUAGACUAGAAUUUAAAAUUGUGCAGUGCGACUUUUUCUCUCAUGGUGUUUUGGCAACAUUGUUUAAAAUAUCUUAUUUCAUUGUUGCCCCUUCUGGUAAAUUGAGAAGGAUAAAUAGAAAAUGAAAGAAAUAGGACUGGAAUCAUUUGGUUUGUGUGUGCCUGUUUUCUGAGUCAUUUUGUUUACAAUUCUACAAUUUCCUUUUUCAUUGUUUGUUUUUAAACCUUUCUUCUUUAUGUUCAGUUCAUGUCGACCAGGCUUGUCUUCACCUAAAACAUUUGUGCUUAAUGUUUUACAUAGGUGGUAAGGACAAUUUUUUUUUGUUUAUUUAGUUCUGGCCGAAGCAUUAUCUUCUUGCAUGGCCUGUUCAGUUGUAACACUUGUCACAUACAUGUAACUUUUUUAAAACUGGAAAAAAACCCCAAUGUUAACAUUACACCACAGUUUAUGGGAAUGUCGCACUGUAUUUAAGCCUACUUGUGAGAAAAUACAUUCUGUGUGAAGUGGCUGAAAAUACGGCUAUCUGCUAAUUUCUGUUGACUAGUAAAUUUAAAAGUUAUGGUGAAUGUAGUGCUUUAAUUAUUAGGCAUAAUUUGCACAAAGCUUAGAAAUGCAUGAAUUUAACUUUCCACAAAGCUUGGUGGAAUGCUAAAGGAGAGAGAAUGAUGAAGAGAGUUGGUUGAAUUUUUAAAAUAAUUUUUGGGUUAAGACUUGCAGUGCAUUUCUGUGCAUUGGUUUGAUGGGUUUUAUUUCCUGGUAAGUAUGUUUUAGGGACGUGGGUGGCGCUGUGGGUAAAACCUCAGUGCCUAGGACUUGCCGAUCGCAUGGUCGGCAGUUCAAAUCCCCGCGGCGGGGUGCGCUCCCGUCGUUCGGUCCCAGCGCCUGCCAACCUAGCAGUUCGAAAGCACCCCCAAGUGCAAGUAGAUAAAUAGGGACCGCUUACCAGCGGGAAAGUAAACGGCGUUCUGUGUGCUGCGCUGGCUCGCCAGAUGCAGCUUGUCAUGCUGGCCACGUGACCCGGAAGUGUCUACGGACAGUGCUGGCUCCCGGCCUAUAGAGUGAGAUGAGCGCACAACCCUAGAGUCUGACAAGACUGGCCCGUACGGGCAGGGGUACCUUUACCUUUUUAAGUAUGUUUAGGAUUCCAGCCUUAAAAUAAAAAUAUUUGACAUUGUUAGAGAAGGUUCUGUAGUUUGUAAAAUCUCUGUUCACGUUAACAACCAAAAAGUGUUCCAUCAACCUUUUUCCGGAGCCAUUCCUUUUUUUAUUUAUCUAAAGCAAGUCCCCCCCCCCCCCCUUACAGUACUGGGAAACCAGCAGCAUCUUUCCUAGAACUCAUUAACUAAACAUGAAAUAUUUACACAUUUGUUUGACAUACAUGGGAUUAGUAAUUUCCAAAGGUGCAGGUUCAGUUCUGGGAAAUAUAUCAAAGUAAGUUAUAUAUUUAAAGCAUCCUUGGUAGAAAAGUGUCACUGGAGCAGACUAGGGUUCCAUCUUGUCCAGUGUCCUGUUUUUCACAGUGGUCAGGCAGGUGCUUUGAGGAAGCCCACAAACAGGGCAAGUCAUAAUGGCAGGAGCCCUCCCACAGUUUUUGUCCCCCCACCAACUAGCAUUCUAAGGCAUACUCCCUCUGGACAUGGUGGUUCCCUUUUCUCCAUGAAUUUGUCCCAUGUAAAGCCAGUUUCCUCCAUGAAUUUGCCCCAUGUAAUAGACAGGUGGAAGACAGGAGCGCCUGGCGUGCUCUGGUCCAUGGGGUCACAUGCUCUGGUCCAUGGGGUCACGAAGAGUCGGACACAACUAAACAACAACAACAACAAUAGCCAGUUGGCUAUCAUCACAUCUUUUGGCAGUAAUAAGGUAUAUAAAAAACAAUUAAAAAUCUUUGGACAUUCCAUUUUGCUGAGUGACUCCAGUUUUUCCCUGGGAGCUUAGGGCAGAAUAUGUGUUCUCUUCCGUUUUAUCAUUGUAUCAACCUUGUGUGGUAAGUACUGGCCUGAGGUCACCCAGAACUUCAUUGCUGGGUGGGGAUUUGGACCUGGUUAUCUCUGGUCCUAGUUGAGCCACCUGGAAGAAUCUCCCCCUGCCCCCGCCCCCCCAGACUAUGCAUAUUUUGAAACCAUUUCCAUGUCCUCAGAAUGAUUUAGUCUAGGAUUUUUGCUUAUUUAUAUUGAACCUUGUUUGCAGUUUUCUUCCCCCUUUCUCCCAGUUUUGAAAGAUCCUUGGUGCUAUUUAUAGAGUACCUGCAUUUUCACUGUCACAAAUAAGUUGGCUUCGUCUGUAAAUUUGCUUAUGUCACUGCUCACCUCUGACUCCAAAUCACUUAUCAAUGUCAAAUGGUGUAUGACUCAGUACAGACCACCAAUGCUUGUUUACCUCUCUUGUGAGAUCUGUCGAUUUACUCUCUCCCUCCGCUUUCUGUUCAUCGACCAGUUAUAGUUCUGACCUGUCCUCCUAUCUUAUGAUGAUUAAGUUUGCGUGGGAGUUUUUAUUAAAUAUUUUUCAGAAGCCUAGUUGUAUAAUGUUUAUUGGAUUGCUCCAGUAUUCCUGAAGGAUUAUCCUGACCUAUAAUUCUCUAGAAUUUUCUUGGUUAACAAUCUGGUGUGCUUCAGCCUAUCUGUCUCAUGGCAAGUUGUGACUCCACUGUACACCAUAAUAAAUUAGUUCAUCUUUAAGAUGGUCCAAAAGUCUUUGUUGGCUGUGCUUCAGCAGACUAUUAUGACAGCACUUGUAAGUAGAAUCUGGUGUUCAUAAGCUCUGAGACAUCUCCACUAGUAUGUUUAAUUAUGGAAAGGUGAGAGGAGGCAGGUUUCCUAUUCUUCAAUUCCAUGCUGAUAGACGAGCAUGAGCAGUUGUUGAGAGAGAUCUAAGCUCUUCCUGUCCUUCAUAGAGCACAGUGUUUAUAACCAUAUGGAUACCAUGAAAUGAGACACAGAUGAGUAGGUGAUGUGAGAUUUUCUGUUGCACCAACUAGUUGUUUAAAAUGCUGCUAGCUCUUCCACAUUCUUGAGGCUUUGCUAGAAAUCCACCAUGACUUUCAGAACAAAGAAGAAAAGUACAUCUUGAUAUGGUCAUGCUGUUUUAUCUUACUUUGCCCUGUUUGAAACAAACACUUUACUGGUCACAUAAUGGAUGUUGCUGCAUCUCUUAUGUCCCUCCUUUCAUUCUAAAGCAUGAGCAGAACUUGGGAAACAAACACGGGGAAGAGCCACUAGCAGGAAAAAGGAGGGGACAAGCCUUAGCCUCUAUCUACCCUUCCUUCUUUCUCAGUCCUUUGUUCAUUCUCAGGGUUCAUUCUUACUAUGGCAAGAGGGGAGUCAGGGUCUGCCAAACAAGAUGUUGACUAGCAUGAUCAGCCAAUAUUUAUUGACUCAAAUGGUUCUGCAUUUGGGCCCUUCUUUCAGCCUUCUUGCAACCAGGCUCUUUAUUGCUUAGCUUCCUUAACUCCCAAAAUUUCUAGUCUCUGCCUAUCACUUCCGUGAAGUUUUAAUUUCCCCCGAAGUGGCAGCUUUCCCUUUCCUCAGAGAAGCUGAAUUAAAAAUUGCUUUGUGUGCUUAGCAGCUUGAAUAAUCCACGUCGACCACUGUCAGAGGUUUCACCUUCACAAAUGCACUACAGUGUAGCUCUGAAUAGCAAUGAUAAUCACAUUACUGCUUAUUUUCACUCUACUUUUUAUGUAACUUUAGUAGUUCAUAGAUGACAUUGAGGGCUAACACACUGCACUUCUUAAACUUUCUGUGUUUAUAAUUAUUGGACAGAAACAGCCGAUGUCAUAGUACACGUGUGCAUGUCUUCUGGUUACAAAGUGUAGAAAAAUGAGUUAAUUAAAAGUGAGAAACGUUGGCAGGUAGAUUUGUUUUUAAGCAUCUCUACCCAGCUUUGCCACAGUUCAGUUUAACUACAUCAGUUCAGUUUUUGUAUAUUUGUACAUAAACCUAAAACAAACUAAAACCCCAAAAUAAAUGCUAAACAGACGAGCAGCAGCAACUAAUAGACAGCAGCUAUCAGGUGUCUUACUGGGCAGGCUCAUAUUGGGAAAUACAGCCUUUAAAAUGCUCCGGUCUUGAACAACUUGGGACUAUAAAGAUCAAAAACAACAUUUAAAAUUGGACAGAAAUGUGGAUAACUAUAUUCUCAAUAUUCAUGUAAUGUGCUCAGUGCAGUAUAUCCUGUCAAUCACAUCGUCAACAUACAGUAUCGUGAAUCAGUUAAAAUUAUCCAAACACUCUUCAAAGUUAGACCUUUGCUUAACAUGUUACUACAAUCUAACCUUGACAUUUCAAGAGCAUGAAUCACUGUGGCAAGGUCAUCUUUAUCCAAGAAAGGGUAUAGCUGGCACACCAACCAUAGAUGAGAAAAGGCACUUUGAGGUAUAGAAGGCCAUAGACGAAGGUGGAAAGAAAAGGAUCUGCCAUACUAUGACCCUGCUUCUUACGCAGGAGUGCUUACCCCAUCGACAAGCUCCUAUCAUCUUAGUCACCUGUAAGGUUUAGGACAAGGGUCAGCAACCUUUUUCAGCCGUGUGCCAGUCCACCAUCCCUCAGACCAUGUCGUGGGCCGGACUAUAUUUUGGAGAGAAAAAAUGAACGAAUUCCUAUGCCCCACAAAUAACCCAGAGAUGCAUUUUUAAUAAAAGCACAUAUUCUGCUCAUGUAAAAACACCAGGCAGGCCCCACAAAUAACCCAGAGAUGCAUUUUAAAUAAAAGGGCACAUUCUACUCAUGUAAAAGCACACUGAUUCCCGGACCAUCCGCUGGCCGGAUUGAGAAGGUGAUUGGGCUGUAUCCGGCCCAUGGGCCUUAGGUUGCCUACCCCUGGUUUAGGAAUACAUGAAUCUGAGACCUGGACCAUUUUGUCUUUUAUUUUUUCUAGCGUUGCCACUUUCUGCAUCACUCUGCCUUGGUCCAGCUCCAUUCUUGCCAAAACAAAGCAAAAAUGAAAAUGAAAUUUUAAAAAUGAAAAUGAAAUACUCAUGACUGAUGCGUCAAAUUACUAAACCAACUAGAACAGGUUAUUUUCAUCAGGUGAAAAUGAAAUGCAUGUUUGGUAGCUAGAGUGUAAAGUAUUAUUGUUAGAGAAAUUAUUAAAUAGGUUCUUCUUUACACAGAAAUGUCUCUCUUGGCUCAUUUUGUCUGGUAGAGGCAUUGAUUCAAUUUAAAGAUUUAACUCUGAGGGCUAGCAUGCUCUUAUUCAGAUUUUAUAGUAACUUAAUUAUUCUUUAAGAGAAGCAUUGUAUCCAGUAAAGAGGAUAUUUGCCGUCCAUCAAUAGCUGUCAUCAGGGUCCAGGGAUGACUUAUUCAGGAGAUAGACACAUUUUCUGUAUUAGGUUGAGCUGAUGCAUUUUAGAAAUAUACCUUAGUAAUACAAGAUACAUUUUAGUCAACUUAUUUUAUCCCAGAGCUCUUAACGACUAUUACGUGACUUCUCAUUCUCUUAUUCAAAACCCGAUAAAGUUGCUUAGCUCAGAACAUGACAUAAUCAAAUAAGUUGUUAUAUUGGUGGUUCCUCUUAUAUGUCCCAACAGAUGCUCAAGGAGAAGUAAAGAGCAGAGUCAGGAAUCGGGCAGAUCAGCUUUAAUCCUUGUAAUUAGGUCUAUAGAGUAAAGGAAGAUUAGCUGCUGCAUGCACACAAGAAGAUGUCUAAUUGCAUCAGUAUCAUCGUAAUCUUUGCCCAAUCAGGCAAUUGUCUUGAUAUACUUCACUUGAAAUAGGAUCAUGUAAUUUACCUAACCUUUCUCUCUCUAUUUCUUUUUUUAGCUCUGUAGAAAGUGUUUUGAAAACCCUCGUGAAAAACUGUAGACCGUAAGUACUUUUAACAACUUUCAAAGCCAUUAUGUAUUUCUUGAAGAGAAAUAUUUUCUCUUUAAAGACUUAAAUGGCAAGAUAGCUCUACAUGUGGGUCAGGGGGCAUUCCCGUUAGCCUUUUAUGGAAGCGGGGGAAGUCCUGUGUGUUUAUGGGGUUUUGCCAUCAGCAGUGGGCAACAGAAGCCCUUCAGAUACUGCACUUUUAAAUUCAUGAAGCUACUGGUGGAAAAUAGAACACAUGCAUCCCUGAGAGAUUAAAUUGUGUAAGCAAUUUUUAACCCCCCCUCCCCACUUACUCAGUAGUGAAGACUAUAGUUAUUUGUUGUUAAUAAAUAUGUCAGUUAUGACAUGAACAUAUUUUUGGUUAGAAGACUCCUUGUGUUAAGAACUACUUCUAUCUCAUUCAUAAACAAAGUAGUUGGGUCAGGUUAAUCUUAAUCUGACAUAUUGUAACCCUUUCAUGUAACUGUGCUGUUCCUUCUAUUUUUCAUUCCCCAAGAUGCAUUCACAUAUAAUGUGCUGUUAAUUUUUCUUUGAUACUGUUAUGCUUGUAUAUUUUAUAGACGGAAAUGCAUUCACUGACAUACUUAAAGUAAAUCUUUCCAAAUGAAUUAUAUCCUCUCAGAUCUUGUUUGGGCCACUAUCUACCAUUGGGGCAGGCUAAACACUGGUCUCCAAAAAAGAGAGUCUUAUUGUUCUAUUCGUGUAGUUUGGGAACUAAUGCAUAAAGAAUGUUGUCAGCAUUGUAUAAACCCGGCAUACUGUUAAUGACACAAACUUUUUUUUAAAAAAAUAAUCUUUAUUUAUUUAAAUUGCACACUUACACAAAGAAUUUACAAUCUCAUACUACAAAAAGAAAAUUAAAGAAAAAACAACUAAGAAAAAAGAAAAGAAAAUACAGAAAAAAGAAAAAGCAAAUUUACGUACAUUAAAAAACACUUAAUCUUCCUAAUUAAGACUUAAUUAAACACUUAAAUAUUUAAGUGACUAUUCUUUAUUGUGAGAUUAUUUUUUACCGCCACACAUUUUAUAAGCAAAGUUAUAGUCUUGCUUUCGCCAAAUGUGUGGCUGUUGGAUGGGAGCAUGGCUUCUGGGCUCUGCUUGGGAGACCUGGCUGCACAUCACUACAAUCCCCUCAUGCACUCUUUUAAUGCAUGAUCUCUCUCUCUCCUGCUUCCAGUUCUCAUAAGAACAUCUGUUUUGUCCUUCUGCGUCAGGCCAAAGGUCCAUCUAGAAUAGAAGCCAGCCAGAUACCUUAGGAAUGGCCACAGUCAGGCCAUGCAAGUGAUGGCAAUCCCAUCUUCUUUUGCCCCCUCCCUCUGUUACUGGUUUUCAGGGCUUAUUGCCUCUGUACACUGGGGUCCUGUUUAGCUACCAUGAUCACCUUUCCUUCAUUCUCUCCAAUGCUGUUUAAAAAGACGCCUGAGCCUAGUGGCUUCUAGUGGCUGCACCUUGUGUCAGUGAAUUCUAUCCAUCUGAUUAAAUAUGUUGCUGAAUUACCACUUGUGCAUAUGAGCCAACCCAUCACAUCCCUCUUUCCCUUUAGGUAUUUCCCCGACAAUGCAACAGCCGAGAUGCUAGAUGAAUGGCGGCCGCUAAUGUGCCCUUUUGAUGUUACUAUGCAGAAGGCCAUCACUUACUUUGAACUGUUUCUGCCUACCACUCUUCCUCCAGAACUCCACCACAAAGGUUUUAGGUGAGUUGGUCUUAGUUACUUCAAGAUGUUCUCACUGAACAAUCUAUUGCAUGGAAGGCUUUUGAAUAAAUUAUAUAUGUAAUGAACUGCGCCAUGUACUUCAUUGUAGAGUUACAUUCUGAAUGCCUGUUUGUAACAGGAACAAUCUAAUCAGUUUACCUGAGAGCUGAUCUCCAGAAUUAACUCUCUUACAAUUGAUACUCUCUCUCUCUCUCUCCCCCCUCUCUCUAUAUAUAUUCAAUUAAAGUUCUAGUUCUUGAGUGGGAAGCAAAUGAGUUGCUGAUAUUGAGCAUCAUUGCCUGACUCUUUUCUUUCUACAGCAAGAAUACUGUAGAUACCAUUGCUUUUUAUUGACUGAUGUACCAACUCUAAUAACUUGAUUUGGGUGCAGAAUCAUAUUGGAGCCCUAAGCCUUAAACAAACCAAGCCUUUUAAUGUCUAGACUUUCGGUUCAGGCUCCAGUGCCUGUCUCCAAAGGGAGGUAAGGCUGUGCAUUCGCUGGUAGCUCAAAACUGGCAAAAUUCCCAUUAUCCCAAGUGCACUACUUUUUUCAUAUUGCAAGAUGUGCUUAGGAAGGUCAGAGGCAGCAUGAGAGAACUCUUGUUUGCCUACCCUACCUGUUCCUUGCUUUGUUCAUGGACUCCCACAGUCCUGGAGCUGGCAUUCCUUUGAUUAAAGAGGUUCUGGUCAUUGACGUGUGUGAAUAGAUUUGGCAUGUUUCAAUUUGGCUUUCAGUUCCUGUGCAUUUCAGUGCUAUAAUAAUGGUGCCAAGGGUUAAAAUUUCUAAUGAAUGGACUGUGGCUCUUUUGAAUCUUUUUUUAGUUUGUCAGCAAUGAAAUACGAAGCAGGUUUAAGGGAACCAUGCAUUGGUGCAAAUAUUUGCAUGACUAGUUGCGUCCAAAGGUGCUUUAGGCUUGCAUUUCUCAAACAGCAUAUCCCUGUGCCACUAGGCAAGUUUGUUUUGAAUGAGGAGAGUUUCAAAAGCAGUUUGUGAUGUGACAUUGAGGCUUGCAAUUCAAGGGGGCGGGAGAGUAAAAUAUUGCCUUAGUCAUGCCCUAAAAGUUGGCCACACUUACAGAAGCUCAUUGUAUCUCAGCCGUGGCUUCUUGAGUGAUCAGGAUCUGUUCCCAGUGUACCUAAGCUGCAGACUUUGGCAUAAGCAUAUUUUAUUCUGGCUCCUUUUUCAGAAUUUGCAGCUUCUUUAUCAAGCAACUAUUGCUAAAAGAUUGGGGUAAUAUUUGUACAUAUGUGUACAAAUAUGUACACAUAUGUGUGGGAAGUAGUUAGAAGUUGAUGGGCGGAAGCCUUCCCCCAAGUGGAUUUCUUAGCAGAAUAUGUCUCCAAUAAGUUUGAAAUCUUGCUUAGAAUCUGAGCAAGGGUUUUGCCUCUUUGCAGGAACAAUGAUCUCUGUUUGUAAAUUGUCUCUUAGAAAUCACAUGGUAAGGAGUGGAGAGAACGAAAUCAAGCUGCAUGUGUUAAUAUAGAUGCAGCUAUGGAAUACAGUCAAAAGUUGGAUAGCGAACUGUACAGCUAGGCGCAAUAGACAUUCAGAAACUAUGCUUCCUCAUAUUUUCUGCCCUCAUCAGUUGAGACAGCACCAUAUUUAUCUCCAAGCUGUUUCAGGCUGUCCUUGAAUGUUCUCAUUAAGUGGCUUCAUAUCUCAGUUGUUUCUCUUUGGGCUUAUCACUUCAAGGUCAUAUUAAGCCACACUUACUAAAGUGCCUGUCCCCAGAAUACCUCUCCUCUGGACUGUGUGCCAUCCUUGAGUUCCUUGCAUAGCUUUAUAAGUGGUUGCUUUCAUCCUGAUGGGUGGCAAACACUGAUAAGGCACACCCCAUCAUAGCAAACGUUAUAUAUAUUUGGACUUCCUAGAUUCAAGGAGGCUGCCUUUUCAAUAUGGACUCACUCUGUUUUAUUGAUAUUAUCUGUGUGUGUGUGUGUGUGUCAUAUUGUUUACCAUACUUUGCUAUUUUGUGCGUUUUGAGGCUUUUGCUUUGUUUUUAAGUCGUAUACUGAGCUUACGUUGUUGCUUUUUAGCUUCUAAUGUUGACAGCACUUCCUUCAAAGUAAGCUCCCUUCCAGCCAGCAGGACUUAGUUCCAAGCACAGGGUUCUAAGGUUUGGGUAGAAUAAUGAUUGUAUGGAAAAGUGAUUUUGUGCUGCUGGCAUCUCACCUCUCUUUGAAGUCCUCAUCAGUUUUACAAAUCUAAAACUGUUAGUUUUAGAUAGACAUACAUACAUACGCCACUUGUAACCUAGAAAACCCAACCCAAAACAAAACAAAACACCCUAACAGUUGUAACAUUUCCCCAUCUGAUCACCAGAAGGCAGUUCUUACUUGUCAUGGGUGACCAGACAGUGGCUAUUUUGCAAGCCAGUCAGUUGACAAGUUCAGUAUGCACUAUAGAUUUAUGCUUGCUUGUUUAUGAGCUUUGAGUUGCUUUAGGCAUGUCACCAUCUCUAUAAAAUAGAACAUAAAAUGACCUCUUUAUGGUUAGUAUGAAAAAAAGUCAUUCCCUUUCCUGAGUCUCUGAAUACCAGCUUUCCCCUAUCAUGUUUUCUCCUGGUAGCCUCGCCGCAUGGCUUGAAGGUGUGUUGCCGUUUGAGUUUCCUCCUUCAGAUGUGAUUGAUUGUUGAGUGAUUGAACAUCACAAUGGAAUCUCCAAGCGGCACCUUUCCAUUGCUUCAAAAGCUCUGUGACCAGUAGUGGCAAAUACUCCUUAAUAGGCAUGUGCCAGUGUCUCUAAUAUAGCGAUGGGAGUCUGGAGCAGCUAUAAAAUAGUCAAAUUUCAAUUAUCCAACUGUGGGUUUAGAAAUGAUUUGAGUGGGAAGGGGGACAACAGUACCAAGGGAUAAAGUAGUAUUGGGUGUUGGAGGCCACUGAUUAAAAAAAUGGCGUUUUCCGCAGGACAUCUUUUGAUGACAUUCUGUAUGAGACUAGGAAAAGUGCCUGAAACUUUCAGAGUCAGAAACUCCCAUUUUAAUUUCUUCUUCUUCAUCCAUAUGCUCUCUAACUGGCCUUAAGCAAGCUGCUCUUAACAAUUUACCAUCUGCACUAUAACUAAUAAUGACUGACAUUGUGGGAUGGUGUAAUGAUUUCUGAGAUAAUUAUGUGCGCCAUUUAAUAUUUAUAUAGCACUUCAUAUUUUGAAUACCGAGCAUUAAUUGUUACUAUGAUUAGGGUGGGAGCAGUGUUUAUUAUUAAGAAUGGGAAUGAUGAAUUUGGCGUAGCAACAAAUCUGUUUGCCUGAUUUCAUUGUCUUGCAGGCUCUGGUUUGAUGAGUUUCUAGGCCUGUGGGUUUCAGUUCAGAAUCUUCCGCAGUGGGAAGGAGUAAGUAUUCCUGCUUUGGCUUCUUUCCCCCACUCCCCCCUGUCACCAAAGUGUUGCAAUUGGACCAGGAAUAUUAGUUCUAGGGUGGGCUGUGCUUAUUUAGGAUUCGUAUGUGCCCAGUAGUUGAAUAAAGAAGCCCAUUGUUGGUUGGGUUCUUCUUCCUGUUUACAUUCUUACUUGCGAAAUUUUCAUUUUGUAACCUUUUUGUAAUGUUGUUUUUCCAAGCUGAAAGUCAAAAUCUAGGCCAUUGAAAUGGGUGUACUUUCUAAUUCUUUCAGAUCACACCAGUUAACUAUGAUUUUUUAAUUUGCAGAGAAAUCAUAUGGCUCUGGCAAAGGGCUCUAUUUUUGUUUGCCAUAAAUAUUAUUGAACUGUCAGAGUUUUGUAAAGUAAAGCAUGACUUCAGGCCCUUGAAUUUUGUAUUUCUCACAUCAGCAUUGUGUUAGCUUUCAAGCCUGGGGCAGACAUAGGCUGCAUGUGAACAUCGGUUAAGUCAGGGGUAGGCAACCUAAGGCCCGUGGGCCGGAUUCGGCCCAGUUACCUUCUCAAUCCGGCCCGCGGACGGUCCGGGAAUCAGCAUGUUUUUACAUAAGUAGAAUGUGUCCUUUUAUUUAAAAUGCAUCUCUUGGUUAUUUGUGGGGCAUAGGAAUUCGUUCAUUUUCUCUCUCCAAAAUAGAGUCCGGCCCACCACAUGGUCUGAGGGAUGGUGGACCGGCCCACAGCUGAAAAAGGUUGCUGACCCCUGCGUUAAGCUUUGGUUUAGUAUUACAUGCACAAGCAGCAACAAGUCUUUGGUAUGCACACCCCUUCCUCCCACAUGGCCAGAAGGAGGAGUUUGGGAGAGUUUGCUUCUAGCUAUGAUUAGUUUCAAACAAGUAAAUUACAAACCAUGGUUCCUAAAGCUGGCUUGUUGAAAUUAAUCUUAGUUAGUAUUAACCAUAAUUCUGCUCCCGAAUUACAUUUUAUAAUUUAGUAUUUACAAAAGUAUUUAUGUAUCACACACUUGCAAAGUGCCAGGACAAUGUACAACAAUGUAAGUAAACACUUAUUAAAAUGACUGUCCAUUCGAGAGACCUGAAAGUCAAAAGUGAGAAUGUUGCAAGCUGCAUAUAACUAAAACUAGAAAGGGAAUCUCCUAAAUUUCUCCUCUUUUACCAUACAGGAGGAGGAGGGAGUGCGGGCUAAGAGUGUUUGACACCCCACCCCCCGGGGCUAAAGUUGAAAUUAUCUUUUGAUCAAGUACCCUUGCAAUUUGGUUGGUUGAAACUUUUGACCAUGUGCUGUUAAUCCCAUUUUGUAUGUACUGAAGUUCUCUUGUAUGACCUCUGUUCAGUUAAGGGAAGAAGCAGGAGCAAAGCUUGUACUGAAAAAGUUAUCUGUGGUUUCUUUCUUUCCAGCACCUAGUCAACCUUUUUGCACGCUUGGCCACUGAUAACAUAGGCUACAUUGACUGGGAUCCCUAUAUUCCAAAGGUAAUAUCUAAUAUAUAGAAGGAAUAAUAUUAAAACAAGGAUAACAUGAGAAUUGUUUGCUUGCUUAGUAUAGUUUUACUUUACUGACAACCUCUGCCUAUGUAGGUAAGAAGAGCAGGGCUGGAUCAGGCCAAAGGCCCAUAUAGUGCACCAUCUUAUUUGCUGCAGUGGCCAGCUAGAUGCCCCUGGAAACUCAUAAGCAGGACAUAAGAGCUAUAGUCCUCUCCUGAUGGGAUUUGUAUCCCUAAACAUCUAGGGGGCACUAGGCUGGAGAAGGCUGAUAUAUGGGGAGGAACUUUGUCCCUUCCUCUGUUUUGUUCUCCUGCCUGCUGCAAGUGUCUGUGACUCCCUAAUUAUAAUUUUUAAUUACCAUCUCAUUCUUAUAGCUUGUGCUAAAUUGCUUCUGUAAAAAGGCCUUGAGGCCUUUUAAGCCCUACUUAAUCAUAACAAUUGUUCCAUAGUUUUAAAACUCUUCUGGAACAUAUUAGCUUACUACCAAGCCUCUCUCAGGAUGCACAGUAAUGUAGGAAGCUUAAGCAUGAUAUUUAGUGGCCACUGCUGAGAAAGUGGGUUUUUGCUUAGCUUUAGUUGACUGACUUGCAAUGAUAAUUUCUGGAGGCACGGCGGGACUUAAUUUUUUUUAGCAACUCAUAAGCAGAUGCUUUGCGGAUGCUAGCAAGGGAUGCAGCAGUGAGAAAUUCCAAACCAAUUUGUAGAGAUGUGGACUUUCUGUGCAAUAGCAAAUGGUACAUAAAUUGAGGGAGAUCUCAAGAUGGCUCAGGUGGACAAAAGAUUGUUCUGUUGAAAUGAAGUUGCAGACACUUACUUACCUGAAAGUUUUCCAGGAUCUAUUCUGAAAGCACUGUGCUAGUGCUAUGCAACUUUUCUUACACACUGUAAGAAAUACCAAACACCGUUUAUAAUGCAUUUCGGUUAUUCGAUUGUGGAAUUACUUUUUCUACAGAUAUUUACCAGAAUACUGCGAAGUUUGAAUCUUCCAGUGGGAAGCAACCAAGUGUUAGUGCCACGAUUCCUAACAAAUGCAUAUGACAUUGGGCAUGCAGUCAUGUGGAUUACAGCCAUGAUGGUAGGACCCUUUAAUUUUCUCUACACCUUCCCUCCCUCUCCCCAGUUAGCCAAACACUGGUAUUUAAGCAGGUUUAUGAUGAUAAAUAUUUUGGCUGCCCACAAGCUUGGGAAUAAACAAGCUUGGGACGCGGGUGGCGAUGUGGGUAAAACCCACGAUUGGAAUGUAAUAAUGGGGGGAUACAAUCUAUUUCAGAGAAACAGACCAGACAAGAAAGGAGGAGGAGUGGCGUUAUAUGUCAGGGAUGUGUAUACCUGUGAAGAGAUCCAAGAUUUAGAACCUCAAAGCUAAAGUGAGAGCAUUUGGGUCAAAAUUAAGGGAGAGAAGAAUAACAGUGACCUCAUUGUGGGAGUUUACUAUAGAUCCCCAAGCCAAACAGAGGACAUAGAUGAUGCCUUCCUGGAACAGAUGGCCAAGCAUGCAAAAGGAAGGGAGAUAGUAGUAAUGGGGACUUCAAUUACCCGGAUAUUUGUUGGAUGUCAAACUCAGCCAAGAGCAUAAGGUCAAACAGAUUCCUCACUGGCCUUGCAGACAACUUCAUUGUCCAGAAAGUGGGAGAAGCAACAAGAGGAACAGCCAUUUUAGAUCUGGUCCUAACCAAUGUUGAUGACCUGGUUAGUGGGGUAGAAGUGGAAGGAUCAUUAGGCGCGAGUGAUCAUGCUCUUCUGAAGUUUACUAUACAGCGGAAAGGAGCAGCCAAGCAUACUAGGACUCAAUUUCUUGACUUUAAGAAAGCCGACUUCAUAAAACUUAGGGAAGUGCUGGGUGAGAUCCCAUGGACAGUAAUACUAAAAGGAAAGGGAGUUCAUGAUGGCUGGGAGUUUGUUAAGAGGGAGAUACUAAAAGCACAACGUCAGGCAAUACCAAUGAGACAGAAACAUGGAAGGUGCCUAAAGAAGCCAGGGUGGCUAUCUAAAGAACUUUUAACUGAGUUAAGAUUAAAAAGGAUGUGUACAAAAAAUGGAAAAGGGGGGAAACCACCAAAGAGGAAUUCAAACAAAUAGCCAGCACGUGUAGACACAAAGUCAGAAAAGCUAAAGCACAGAAUGAACUCAGGCUUGCUAGAGAGGUUAAAAGCAACAAAAAGGCUUUUAUGGGUAUGUCCGUAGCAAAAGGAAGAACAAAGAAACAGUGGGGUCACUCAGAGGAGAAGAUGGUGAAAUGCAAACAGGGGACACAGAAAGAGCUGAACUCCUCAAUGCCUUCUUUGCCUCAGUCUUCUCCGAUAAAGAAAACAAUGCCCGACCUGAAGAAUUUGGAGCAAAUGAUUCAGCAAAGGAAACACAGCCCAGAAUAACUAAGGAGAUAGUACAAGAAUACUUGGCUAGUUUAGAUGUAUUCAAGUCUCCAGGGCCAGAUGAACUGCAUCCAAGAGUAUUAAAAGAACUGGCAGAUGUGAUCUCAGAACCACUGGCAGUCAUCUUUGAGAAUUCCUGGAGAACAGGCGAAGUCCCGGCAGACUGGAGGAGGGCAAAUGUUGUCCCUAUUUUCAAAAAGGGGAAAAGAGAGGACCCAAAUAAUUACCGCCCAGUCAGUCUGACAUCAAUACCAGGGAAGAUUCUGGAGCAGAUCAUUAAGCAAACAGUCUGUGAGCACCUAGAAAGGAAUGCUGUGAUCACCAAUAGUCAGCAUGGAUUUCUGAAAAAUAAGUCAUGUCAGACUAACCUGAUCUCAUUUUUUGACAGAAUUACAAGCCUGGUAGAUGAAGGGAACGCAGUGGAUGUAGCCUACCUUGAUUUCAGCAAGGCAUUUGACAAGGUGCCUCAUGAUAUUCUUGUAAAGAAGCUGGUAAAAUGUGGUCUUGACUAUGCUACCACUCAGUGGAUUUGUAACUGGCUGACUGACCGAACCCAAAGGGUGCUCAUCAAUGGUUCCUCUUCAUCCUGGAGAAGAGUGACUAGUGGGGUGCCACAGGGUUCUGUCUUGGGCCCGGUCUUAUUCAACAUCUUUAUCAACGACUUGGAUGAUGGACUCAAGGGCAUCCUGAUCAAAUUUGCAGAUGACACCAAACUGGGAGGGGUGGCUAACACCCCAGAGGACAGGAUCACACUUCAAAACGACCUUGACAGAUUAGAGAACUGGGCCAAAACAAACAAGAUGAAUUUUAACAGGGAGAAAUGUAAAGUAUUGCACUUGCGCAAAAAAAUGAGAGGCACAAAUACAAGAUGGGGACACCUGGCUUGAGAGCAGUACAUGUGAAAAGGAUCUAGGAGUCUUGGUUGACCACAAACUUGACAUGAGCCAACAGUGUGACGCGGCAGCUAAAAAAGCCAAUGCAAUUCUGGGCUGCAUCAAUAGGAGUAUAGCAUCUAGAUCAAGGGAAGUAAUAGUGCCACUGUAUUCUGCUCUGGUCAGACCUCACCUGGAGUACUGUGUCCAGUUCUGGGCACCACAGUUCAAGAAGGACAUUGACAAACUGGAACGUGUCCAGAGGAGGGCAACCAAAAUGGUCAAAGGCCUGGAAACGAUGCCUUAUGAGGAACGGCUAAGAGAGCUGGGCAUGUUUAGCCUGGAGAAGAGGAGGUUAAGGGGUGAUAUGAUAGCCAUGUUCAAAUAUAUAAAAGGAUGUCACAUAGAGGAGGGAGAAAGGUUGUUUUCUGCUGCUCCAGAGAAGCGGACACGGAGCAAUGGAUCCAAACUACAAGAAAGAAGAUUCCACCUAAACAUUAGGAAGAACUUCCUGACAGUAAGAGCUGUUCGACAGUGGAAUUUGCUGCCAAGGAGUGUGGUGGAGUCUCCUUCUUUGGAGGUCUUUAAGCAGAGGCUUGACAACCAUAUGUCAGGAGUGCUCUGAUGGUGUUUCCUGCCUGGCAGGGGGUUGGACUCGAUGGCCCUUGUGGUCUCUUCCAACUCUAUGAUUCUAUGAUUCUAUGAUUCUAUGAUUCUAUGAUUCUAGGACUUGCCGAUUGUAUGGUCGGCGGUUCGAAUCCCCGCGGCGGGGUGCGCUCCCGUCGUUCGGUCCCAGCGCCUGCCAACCUAGCAGUUCGAAAGGACCCCCGGGUGCAAGUAGAUAAAUAGGGACCGCUUACCAGCGGGAAGGUAAACGGCGUUCCGUGUGCUGCGCUGGCUCACCAGAUGCAGCUUGUCACGCUGGCCACGUGACCCGGAAGUGUCUGCGGACAGCGCUGGCUCCCGGCCUGUAGAGUGAGAUGAGCGCACAACCCUAGAGUCUGUCAAGACUGGCCCGUACGGGCAGGGGUACCUUUACCUUCACCUUUAUGAAGAUAAAUAUUUUGGCUGCCCACAAGCUUGGGAAUAAAUAAAGUUGUGCUACAUAACCAAGAGCUGGUGUGGGUAGCUUCUUAAGGGAGAGCAUUCUGUCCUGGGCUCUUACUACGUAGGUGAUCAUACUCAGUAAUUAAGCCAUGACCAUGUAGCCGGAAGCAUCCCAGGAGGCAUCAUGUCCUCUGGUUUGCCCAGGACCUCAAAAAAGCCCCAAGAGACACGUGGGAUUUAUCUCACUCCUGAAAACAACCUUUUCCUUUAUGAGUGAAAGAAGAGAAGAAGAGUUUGGAUUUGAUAUCCCGCCUUUCACUCCCCAUCAGGAGUCUCAAAGCGGCUAACAUUCUCCUUUCCCUUCUUCCCCCACAACAAACACUCUGUGGGGUGAGUGGGGCUGAGAGACUUCAAAGAAGCGUGACUGGCCCAAGGUCACCCAGCAGCUGCAUGUGGAGGAGCGGGGAAGCGAACCCGGUUCCCCAGAUUACGAGACUACCGCUCUUAACCACUACACCACAAACCUCUUAAUCACAUACUGGUUUAUAAAUCAGUUUGGCAGGGCUGCUGGGGUCAGAUAAAACUGCUUAAUCUGAUGUUGGCGAGGUGUCAGGUAGCUUCACAGAUCUCUGUUGUAGAUUAUGAGAGCAUAUCCGUUGCUCUCUGGAUGCUUGUGUGUUUAAAAAGUAGCGCUCUCACAGCUGAUCUGACAGAGAGAUUCCUAGGGGUCUGUUUGAAGGGGGUCCCCAAUGGAAUGCCAAACAGUCACAGGCUUGAAGUAAAAACUAGGCUUUUAUUGCUACAAGCACACACAAAAAUUACAGGAAGACUGCAACGUGAUGUAAUUUUAUACACUUCGGUGCUACUGUUAGUCAGUCAUACGAUUACAACGAAACAUUCUAUAGCAGUUACAACCCACUUCGUGAAACUUAAGCCCAUCAGAAAUCUAUGGCUCCUCUGCCUGUGCCUCCCCAACCUUUCAUUACAAUAAUAUGUGAUUACAUGUGAUUCAUCAGUGUCUUUCAUUAUUAACUUUUGACUACUUAUCCUAUUCUUUAUUUAUUAAAUUUCCAUACUGCCCUUUGUCUGAGGAAUGCAGGGUGGGUUAUGAUAUUAAAAAAGCAAAAAUAUGUAACAUAAUAACAAAAAAAAAGAACCCCUCCCCCUGGAGUUUAAAAGGCCAUAAGUUGUUUAAUUAGCCAAAGUCCUGGGAGAGGCAUAAUGUUUUUGACUGGCUCUUAAAGAUAUCUAAUGAAGGCAUCAGGGGAGCCUCUCUGGGGAGAACGUUCCACCUUGUGGACCUUGUGGAGGGAGACACAAUGAAGGGACUUAGAUGAUGAUUGCAGGGUCUGGGUUGGUUCAUAUGAAGAGAGGUGGUUCUUAAAGUAUUGCUUUGGUGAGCCAUUUAAGGCUUUAUAGGUCAGAACCAGCACUUUGUAUUGACCCAGAAACUAAUUGGCAGUCAGUGAAGUUGGGCCACGAUUGGUGUUAUAUACUUAAAGUGCCAGGAUUGGUGUUACAUGAGCAAGUUGGCUGCUGAAUUUUGCACCAGCUGAAGUUUCUGAACUCUUCAGAGGCAAACCCACAUAUAAUUUGCUGCAGUAAUCGAACCUAGAGGUUAUCAGCACAUAAUAAUAAUAAUAAUAAUAAUAAUAAUAAUAAUAAUAAUAAUAAUAUAUUAUUUAUACCCCGCCCAUCGGGCUGGGCUUCCCCGGCCACUCUGGGCGGCUUCCAAAAGAAUAUUAAAAUACUAUAAUACAUCAAACAUUAAAAGCUUCCCGAAACAGGGCUGCCUUCAGAUGUCUUCUAAAAGCCUGGUAGUUGUUGUUCUCUUUGACAUCUGGUGGGAGGGUGUUCCACAGGGAAGGCGCCACUACCGAGAAGGCCCUCUGCCUGGUUCCCUGUAACUUGGCUUCUCGCAGUGAGGGAACCGCCAGAAGGCCCUCAGUGCUGGACCUCAGUGUCCGGGUAGAACGAUGGGGGUGGAGACGCUCCUUCAGAUAUACUGGGCCAAGGCCAAGGCACAGCAGAAGAUAGGCUGUCUGCUAGCUUCCUCUUUCAUUUAUGUUUGAUUAAUAUAUCCAUUUUUCAAUUGACUUCAAGAUUAAAUGCCAUCGUUCCACCUAGCUGAUCUCCUAGCAUUCCUUCAGUUGUUGCUAUGGUUAUUGUCUUCAGAGAUUAAUGAUACAUUCUGUCAAUGUACCAGGACACCGGUUUCUCAUCGUUCCUACCAAAGAACAAUUUUUUCCCUACUAGGAAGGGUUAGUUAAGAGUUCAUACACCAGUGUGAUACAAAAUGGAGUCAGAUCAAAAUGAAGUUUUCUGAUUUGAACUAGAAAAAGGAAGUUUCUCCUUCAGAUCCUCUGAAUUAUAAACUAGUAUGAGAAUGUUUUUGAAUUUGUUUUAACUAGUACUGGACAGAUAGGUCAGAUACUUGUUUUUAGGGGGUGAAUUAACAGGAAAACUACAUACAGUACAUUACAUCUGUUUUGUGUGGGUUUUGGUGCUAGCUGCCCCACAGUGAACCUGUAAAUUCCAGCCUUCCAUUUUGGAAGUUGGAACUUCUGUAGUUCAUAUUUUGGAAACCUUUUGAGGGCACAGUUUAGAUAACUGAGAAGGUUGGUUUCCCCUACACGUGAUUGUCAAACGUUAUAAAUAUUUUGUGCUGGGUUUGGCUUUCCACCUCAGUAUGUUCCCUGCUACUGAAAAGAACAUGUUGCGACUCUAACCCUUUAUUAAUCCUUUAUCUUGGGGCCCAUUAAAAUUUGAGUGGUUUAUAACUGCAUUUUGGCCCUGUUCGUGUUCUUUGAAGUUGUAUCAAAUAACUUGGUUUAUCUUUGUUUCUGGACAGGGUGGACCAAGCAAGCUUGUACAGAAGCACUUGUCUGGGUUAUUCAAAAGCAUUGCCUCUUUUUACCAUCCCUCAAAUAACGGCCGCUGGUUGGUAAGGAUUUAUGUGUAUAUAUACAUUUAUUUCUGAUCUUGACAUCAAGCACUUCAGUGUUUGUCUUGGAGUGGAAUCUUAGUUCUCUUCAUUUUCUUCAGCUACUGUUGCAUUGUAUUCUGACUAGGCCAUCUUAUUUAAUUGUACUAGUAUAGCUGCACACCAGUUUUGUCUAAACCUGCUUUUACAUUGAGUCAGACGUUGAAAAUACUGGGUGGUAUUCAACUAGGAUUUAUUUAGAGAAGGCCCAUUCAAAUUAAUGAACAUGACUGAGUUGAGUUCCUUAAUUGCAGGGGUUCUAAUGGGAAUAAAACUUAGUUGAACACCACCAUCUUGGUGGAAAAUGAAAGGUGUGGUCGUUGACUCCCAAAAAUACAAAACUUUUAACCACUUUAUUCACAUACAUUGUUUCCAAGUAGCUCUGGCUGCAUCUAUCCAGCUUGGCUACAAGUUACACUCUCAGCUCAAUUGUCUCUCAAGGAUAAUCUGGCCAUAUUGCAUGGAAAAUAAUUUGAAUGUCCAAAUAGGCCCUGGAUAUAUAUUUUAAGGGAAUAGGAUAAAUUAGGCUUCUUGACAAAUUGCCCAGAAAUUGACUGAUUUUUAAUGCACUUAAGUGUAGAGAAGGCAUAAUAGCUUUUGUAGCUCUUCUUACUGCUGUGUCACUGAAAUUGAUUCUCUUGUCUUUUCUGUAUGGUGGUAGAACAAGCUAAUGAAGCUGCUUCAGCGGCUACCCAGUAGCGUUGUCAGAAGAUUGCAUCGUGAGCGUUACAAGAAGACGACUUGGCUUACUCCUGUGCCUGACAGCCAUAAACUCACCGACCAGGAUAUAACAGACUUUGUAGAAUGUAUUAUUCAGCCUGUUCUUUUAGCAAUGUUCAGCAAAACUGGAAGCCUAGAAGCAGCCCAAGCUCUGCAGAAUCUCGCACUGAUGCGCCCUGAGUUGGUAAUCCCACCAGUACUUGAAAAGUGAGUCCAAAUAGGAUUGGCAAAAAGUGGUUUAGCGUCUGUGUUUUAGAUGGCCAAGAAAAGUGUUGCGUCCUUUCUGCAGCUGAAAAACUUGGCAAAUUUGGCAAGGGAACAUUGGACUUCUGUUGAGAUGCAUGAUGCAUUCCUCUUGCCUCUCUUCCGUUUUAUGGAUUUAUUUAAAAAAAUUAUAAUACUGCCAUUCAAAUGUGGCAGUUUAUAAUUGCCACAAAACAGAGGAUCGGCUGCAAAUUUGAACAAUAUUAAGCAUUUCCCGCCAUAGGUUUUUUCAUGUGGUCCCAAGUAGGAAGAAGCGCAAUGCAACUUCAUUUUGCUGAUAUUCAAUGUUAUUUUACAUAGCCCACACAGGGUUUGUUUGAAAUUCAGUGUCUAUAUUUCAUCUAGACAAACUACUGUAUAAAAAUAUACAGGUAGCUAGCUGUGUUGGUCUGCCUUAGUCGAAACAAAAUAAAAAAAUUCCUUCCAUUAGCACCUUAGAGACCAACUAAGUUUGUUAUUGUUAUGACCUUUUGUAUGCAUGUGCAUGCACACAAAAGCUCAUACCAAUAACAAACUUAGUUGGUCUCUAAGGUGCUACUGGAAGGAUUUUUUUGUUUUGUUAUAAAAAUAUACAUCUGAUUAGAGCUCCUGCAGGUGAAAAUAGUUUAAUGUCUUAUUUUCCAAUGUGGAGCACUAAGAUGUCAAGUGCAUACAGCCAGACUGGUUGAGACCAAAGGCCUACCUUGUCCAUCAUUCUGUUUUCUGCAAUGGUCAACCAGAUCCCUCUGGGAAGCCCACCAGCAGGACAUGGGGGGGGGGGCAAUAGUCCGCUCCCACUCUUGAUCUCCAGCAUCUGAUCCUGGAGAGCUUACGCAGCAGAGGUCACCAACGUUCUUGGGCUUGCGGGUUUACGUUCGUAAACUGGACAAGCCGUUGUGGACACCAUGCACAUACCUGCUGGCUACCGUAGAAUGCUUUUUUUUUCAAGGCUAAUGUUGAAGCCUCCCCUUUCAGUGUGAGGGGAGGGGAUGCUUUGGGCACCAGGGAGUGCGUGUGUCUCUUGUCGGGUGCUGCGUUGACUACCCUUGCUUAUACAGUGGUACCUCGGGUUACAUACGCUUCAGGUUACAGAUUCUGCUAACCCGGAAGUAGUACCUCGGGUUAAUAACUUUGCUUCAGGGAGAGAACAGAAAUCACACAGCCGCGGCAGUGGGAGGCCCCAUUAGCUAAAGUGGUAUCUCAGGUUAAGAACCGUUUCAGGUUAAGGACGGACCUCCAGAACAAAUUACGUUCUUAACCCAAGGUACCACUGUAAAGUCAUCAUGGCUAGUAGCUGAUGAUAGCCUUGUCCUUCAUGAGCCCAUCUAAUCAUCUUUAAAGUUGUCUCUAAAGUUGUGCUUUGUGGAGAAGUUAUUUCCCUUUUGUCUGUCACAAUCCUCCCACCUUCCAGCUUUAUUGAAUGACCCUUGGUUCUAACAUACAAAGCUGCCUGGUUGAGAACUUAUUUUGCACAUUCUGCAUAUGGGCCAUAUAUUUAGUUCAGGUGUAGUUGAGGGCCAUAGUGCAUUGGUAGAGAAACUCCUUUGAAUUUGGAAAGUCCUAGCCUUGAUCCUCAUCAUCUCCAGGUAGGGCUGGGAAUGCCCCCUUUCUGAAACUCUGGAGAGCUAAUGGCAGUUAUUAUAGUUCAUACAUAGCUAGAUGGACCCAGCGGACUGUAUAAGGUAGCUCCCUAUAUCACUAAAGGUAAAGGUAAAGGACCCCUGACCAUUAGGUCCAGUUGUGGCCAACUCUGGGGUUGCGGCGCUCAUCUUGCUUUAUUGGCCAAGUAAGCCGGCGAACAGCUUCCGGGUCAUGUGGCCAGCAUGACUAAGCCGCUUCUGGCCAACUAGAGCAGUGCACGGAAACGCUGUUUACCUUCCUGCCGGAGUGGUACCUAUUUAUCUACUUGCACUUUGACAUGCUUUCGAACUGCUAGGUUGGCAGGAGCAGGGACCGAGCAACGGGAGCUCACCCCGUCGUGGGGAUUCGAACCGCUGACCUUCUGAUCAGCAAGUCCUGGGCUCUGUGGUUUAACCCACAUCGCCGCCCGCGUCCUCCCUAUAUCCCUUCAUGAGUAGAAAUGCAAACAAUUAUUUCAUUGAUGCACUCCGUCACCAUAGAAGGGAGCUCAUCUAAUGGUAAUUUUUCUCUUCCACAAAAAUGCAUAGAACAUACCCUGCACUGGAGACUUUAACAGAACCUCACCAACUCACAGCCACUUUAAGCUGUGUAAUUGGAGUAGCUCGUAGCCUGGUAUCUGGGGGCCAGUCAUUUCCCGAAGGUCCAACGCACAUGUUGCCUCUGCUGAUGAGAGCGUUGCCUGGUGUGGAUCCAAACGACUUUAGCAAAUGCAUGGUGAGUAAACUCUCUUCCACGUACGGUUACGGCACAGUCAGAUUUUUCCGCAGUUUCAUUGCCCUGCCCCCAUGUGUCCUGUUGUCAUAUUUCAACCCCCCCCCCCUGUUUCCAGGCUCCCACUUCUCCCCCUUGUAAGGACCCCUGACCAGCUCCGUUCUAGGGGUGAAAGGCACAGCUCACACAGCAGUGCCCAAAUGAGUGCAGUUUGGUGGCUUGUAUUGUAAUGUAAUAAAACUAUAAAAGAAUCCAUAACUCUCUGGUGGCUUUGUUUUCCCUUACCUAUCCACUCUGCCUAAGUGUUUUUAACAUUGUUGGAAAGAAAUUAUAAAAAGUGGUUGUUCAGGAUAUGGAGAACAAGGAAGAAAAAUGAUACCUAGUGGGCAGCUAUAGCAAGGGACUACCACAUUUUAUUUUAUUUUUGGUAGUGCAGGGGGUGGGACUACCACAUGUAUAAAAUAUAAAUGUGUAAAGUAAAUCUAUAUAAUGAAAGGUGAUAAAUUACUUGCCCAGGCAUGUUCCAUGUGUUAUACCAAGCAAGUGUUUAAAAGACUCUGGAAAUUUAAACUAAUACACACAAAUAUGAACAGAGUGCGGUUCCUACAAAAUAUUCAACGUAAUAAGACAUUGUGCCAGACAUCUUUUUGUAAUUCAUCUUGCAACCCUCUUGUUUGAUCUGGACAUUUGAAAUCGGGGGAUCCCAUACUCAUCCUUUGUUCUCAUAUGUGCAGCUUUUGUGCUCAUUUACCUUGAAAAGGAAUUGUGGUAUAAGGCAGCAGGAAUUCAAAGUAAGCAUUCACUUAUUGUGGUGCGAGGCAUGUUACCUCACACAUGAGGUUUAGGAUGCGUGGGCAGACGUUUUGACCCAACCCUGAUACAAGGGUUUGCCUUACCGCCUAUUUCAGUUUUUCACAUUACAGUUCAAAAAACAAACAUGCUGUCUUUCAGUAUAAGUGAUUCACACUGAAACUUCCUUUGCAUCUUCCAAUAGAUCACAUUCCAGUUUAUUGCAACGUUUUCCACUCUUGUGCCUUUAGUAGAUUGUUCAUCUGCACUACGAGAGAGAAAUAACCUCACAGAGGUAAGAUGUUAAAUGGCUAAUAUAUGCUGUUUCUAGUGUUCUUUAGUGUAAGAAGCUCUUGGCUAAAAUAUCCUUUUUUUAAGUGUAAGAAGCUAUUGCAUGUUGAACUGUUUAAAAAGAUGUUAAAGUGUAAAUACGAGAGGGAAAAAGAUGUUUGUAUAAGUCAAAGCCCAUUUCAGGAAAGGGGAAAUAAUAUUCUUUUGUCUAUAUUUCACAAGCAAAAAAUAUGCUUUGCACCUCGAAGAAUCAAAUUACAUAUAUGGCCCAAAUUUGCAAAUGAAAGUUUUUGGUUUUGUACAGUUUUUCAAUUCUGAUCCCAGGAUUUGGAGUUUUAACCUGUUUGUCAAGAAUGAGGAUUGUGGCUUGGGUAACUGAGGGGCAGAAUGUUUAGAAGACGGUAUAAUGAUUUUUUGGAGAAAAUAAUAAUUUCAUAAUACUGUAUUUUGAUGGUUCUGUUCUCGUCUGAGUCUAUGGCCUAGCUAAACUAAAAGGGAUAUGUAAAAUCAUUCUCAGGUUUCUAGCAGCUUCCUGGAAAGUGUAUCAUAGUUUGGAAGGACUGGAAACUAAAGUAUUUUAUUUCCUGUUGUGCCCUGACAUCAUAGGUGGAGAGAGAACUGUGCUCUGCUACUGCUGAAUUUGAAGAUUUUGUACUGCAGUUUAUGGACAGGCAAGUUGUGGUGGAAGACAGUAUACUGGUGAUGUGAUAACUGCCCUGCUGGCUUUCCAAGUGUUUCUCAACUUAGUCUUGCCCAUCGGAUGUUUUCUCCUAAUUUAUGUUCCCAACUCUAUUGGUGACAGGGCAGAUGAAUACAUAAAUGCUUUUAAUAGUACCUGGCUACAUACAGAGUAAAGAUAAAGGGACCCCUGACCAUUAGGUCCAGUCGUGGUCGACUCUGGGGUUGCGAAGCUCAUCUCGCUUUAUUGGCCGAGGGAGCCGGCUUACAGCUUCCAGCUCAUGUGGCCAGCAUAACUAAGCCGCUUCUGGCGAACCAGAGCAGCGCAUGGAAAUGCCUUUUACCUUCCCGCCAGAGCGGUACCUAUUUAUCUACUCGCACUUUGCCAUGCUUUCGAACUGCUAGGUUGGCAGGAGCAGGGACCGAGCAACGGGAGCUCACCCCGUUGCGGGGAUUUGAACCGCCGACCUUCUGAUUGGCAAGUCCUAGGCUCUGUGGUUUAACCCACAGCGCCACCCGCAUGAUGUAUGUUUAAGAUUAAACAUUUUAAACCAUAUUUUAAAAAUUGGGGGAAAUGAUAAGUUGAAGGAUUCACAGACUGCUUGUUCUUUAGGCUGGUACUUGUGAAGAGAGGGGGAGAGUGUUGAUUGCGGUGCAUGAAUGUUCUUAUGAAGGGGAUUGCAGGUGUAGAACCAGCAAGGUAUGGAGAGAGGCAGGGAGCUCAAGUGGCAGAACUGCAACAGCAAAAGCCAUGAGUUUGGAUAUAUCUUGCUACAGCAUCCCAGUGCCUUUCUCCAGGGCUGUUUGCAAAAUGAGUGGCUGUUCAGCUCUUCCCUUCCCCCUCAGUUUUCUGAUUUGGCACUGCGCACUUUGAAGCCUGCAGCCAAAAGCACGAUACUUCUGUGCUUCUUUAGCCCAGUAGACACUCCUGUCUUUUCUUGUGGCAGAUUUCUUCUGCUUCCUUGAUUUUUAGAUUUCUUUGAAGAUGAAUCAAGCACUGACCUUACAAGCCAGGCAAACCUAUUAUGCAGACAGUGUGUGGAGAGGCAUCAGUGAUGGUAAAAACAAAACAAAAUCUUAAUAUUUUUUCUUUGACUUUUUAUUGUGCAGGUGUUUUGCGCUCAUAGAAAGCAGCACACUGGAGCAAACAAGAGAAGAGACUGAGACAGAAAAAAUGACUCAUUUGGAGAGUUUAGUGGAAUUAGGCUUGUCCUCAACUUUCAGCACAAUUCUCACACAGUGUUCGAAAGAGAUAUUUAAGGUAUGUGUCACCAAGAGUUGGAAGAGUGUUCAACUUCUUUGCCUCACUUUUUUUUGUAAAACAAAAGCUUGUGGAACUGUAGAUGGUUUCCCUGUUCUGUGUUUAGGGAAGGAAGUACAUUAAAAGGCCAGUGUAGAUGUUCAUUUGCUUAACCUGCAAUCAUAAAGCACUGUAAAAUUGUAGCACACAAUUAAAGCAGAAUAUACAAUAUGGGUUCCCAAGAUCUACUUGGACAUGCUUAGUUGGGGACAGAGGGUGGGUUACUUCGCUAUUUAAAAUGGCACAACCUCAUACUGUACCGCAAACUACUUCUGAAACAUGUGUCAGUUUAAAAAGAGGCAUGCCAAGCAGCAUGGAAGGAGAAUGACUAUUUGAGACAUACAAGCCAAAAGCCCCCUUUGACAUUCAGAAUUAAUAGCAUAGUUCUUCAGAUCUGUGCUGAUGUUGUUUUCUAUGCCAAGAGUGGACUUUGUGAUGUCACAGCUCCAUGACUUUUUUUGUUUCUUUUGAAGCUUGAUGUUAAGGACCUAGUUCCAUUAAGGUGAUAAACCUGCACCUGGGCUAUAGAACCUUCUUCCUUUGUGAGAUUCUCCGUUUCGGGUGUGGAGGCCAUGUUUUUGUAUGGAGGAAAUGCAUCCAUUUGAGCUCUCACCUGCAAUCUGAAGUGGUAUAACCCGGACACAGGAUUAUCACCUUAGUGGAAACUAGAACAAGGAAAUGCUUGCUUCCUUCUGACUUAAAUAACAUCUAGAACAUGGGUAGGCAAACUAAGGUCCGGGGGCCGGAUCUGGCCCAAUCGCUUUCUAAAUCCAGCCUACGGACGGUCCAGGAAUCAGCAUGUUUUUACAUGAGUAGAAGGUGUGCUUUUAUUUAAAAUGCAUCUCUGGAUGCAUAUAGGAAUUGGUUCAUUUCCCCCCCCAAAAAUAUAGUCCUGCUCCCCACAAGGUUUGAGGGACAGUGGACCGGCCCCCUGCUGAAAAAGUUUACUGACCCCUGUGCUAGAAUGUAAGGGGAAAAUCACACUGUAGCUUGCUUUAAGACAACACCAGACUUAAAAUUAAAUGCGUUGUAUUUUCUUUAUCCCCCCCCCCCGAGGGCAUAGGCCUUCUUCAUGUAUCUUUUAGCUCCUUAAUAAGCAGCUUCAUCAAUAUGUACAUGACUCCUGUGUUCUGCCUUAGGAAAUCAAAUGGUGCUUAAGCAAGCUUUUAUUAUUCUUUCCUAUCUGCUAAAGCUGAUGGACUCCAUGGUAUUCUGAAGGGUGGGUGACUUACCUAAGUCACCUGCUGGACUUGCCUAAGCUGUCUCCAUAUCCCUGGAUUCUUCACAGACCUAUUACCAGCACGUUUCUUUUAAUCAUGGGUGGUCAAUCUGUGGAGGAGGCAGUAGGUGAAAGUGGCAUGCCCAGAGAAUAACUAUUGUGUCUCCCUUAGUCAUAUAUCCUGCCUUUCUAGCACUGUGCUGCUGCCCCAAGGAACCAGGAGCUGCAUGUUCCUUGUAUAUUAUACAAGAGCAGAACUAUCACAUUAAGUGUUUGACUUGCGAUGCCCUUGCCAAAAGUGGUUUGCCACAUGGCGUUGGUGACCACUUGGUUUCCUUAUUCCUUUCUGGUUUUCUCAUCAUGAUGGAGACUGAACUUACAGUGGAUUCCACGUAGCACCUCUGCCUGCAUUGUGAGAGUGCCAUCAAUUAUAUAUUUAAAUCAGAAUAUAUAUCUAUCUGCCUAUAAAACGAUGUUUCCUACCUGGAUGAUUGAAUUGCACUUUUUCUUUUGUGUGUUUCUCUUAGGUUGCCUUGGAGAAGGUUUUCAAUUUUGCCGUUUCGAAUAUAUUUGAGACGAGAGUAGCAGGACGGAUGGUGGCUGACAUGUGCCGAGCUGCCGUGAAAGUGAGACCUUAUUCUUUCCCUCCUUUCAGCCUUUCUUGGUUGAGAUGCAAACCAAGGAGUAACCUUAGCUGCUCUGUUUUUGCUGGCCCUGGAAUAUUUGCCAGUUCUAUCUGUGCUUGUGGGCCUUAAAUUGCACAUUAUCUUACCCAGCCAUUCAUGCCUUCCAGAAUCAAGGCCAGUAAUCAGAGGCAGAUUUCUAAUUAUUGCUGUAGGAUGCUCAUUAUCUUUAAAGCAUACAAAUUUCCAUGCUUGCAAAGAGAUCUUAAUGUAGAACUUGAUUCUUUGUGACAUUUCAGUGCUGUCCUGAGGAGUCUUUGAAGCUCUUUGUACCCCAUUGCUGCAGUGUUAUAACACAUCUUACUCUCAGUAAGUGUCAAUGAUUUUACAUUGUUUUGUGACUGGCUUGUGUUUGACUGUGUGUGUUUGCCUGUUUAUAAUGUGGUUUGUUUGUUUGUUUGUUUAUUAAUUACUGCUAUCUGGAGGAUAUUUUGCAUGUUUAUAUUUCACUGUUUUCCCAAGCUGCUCAGGGCAACAUACAUGGCUCCACCUGCUAUUUUUAUUAUCACGACAACCCCUGUUGUAAGCAGGUGAGGAUUCGAAAUCUCCAGUGGCCCGUGCUCACCCAGUGAUCCAGGUGACCCACUGGGAUUUUUAACAUAGAUCUCCCCAUUUCAAAUCCAGCACUCUAACCACACCUGCACUCUGGCAACAUUUACGUAAUGUUUUCAUGUGCAAUUCCUUCCUAACUUCCCUGGGAUCUAGUGAUGAAGGGCAGUAUAUAAAUCAAAUAAAUACUUUGUUGUUGUUGUUUAGUUGUUUAGUCGUGUCCGACUCUUCGUGACCCCAUGGACUAGAGCACGCCAGGCCCUCCUGUCUUCCACUGCCUCCCGCAGUUUGGUCAAACUCACGUUCGUAGCUUCAAGAACAAUGUCCAACCAUCUCGUCCUCUGUCAUCCCCUUCUCCUUGUGCCCUCCAUCUUUCCCAACAUCAGGGUCUUUUCCAGGGAGUCUUCUCUUCUCAUGAGGUGGCCAAAGUACUGGAGCCUCAGCUUCAGGAUCUGUCCUUCCAGUGAGCACUCAGGGCUGAUUUCCUUCAGAAUGGAGAGGUUUGAUCUUCUUGCAGUCCAUGGGACUCUCAAAUAAAUACCAAACUACUGUAAUUCCAGAAGAUUAGCUGAGUAUGACUGUAGCUAAAGCCAAAAAAGGGUUCUCACGCCUUUUUUUUAUUUUACGGUAGCAGAUUAUUGGAUGCUGCUUCCUGGUCCUGCCUUACUGGCUUGCAAAGGGAGCAUGGUUGGGACCUGCUCUUUCGACGCACUUCAUUUGUUUCAGUUUCAAAGCAGCAUCUGGGCAAGGAAGAGAUUCGGAUAAGCUGUUCCGCACUUCUUGCCUCGAACCCUUAUCUUUGCUUCACAGCGCUCCUGUCGUGUGUGCACCACAUGGCAGCAAAUGUGUUUGUCACUCAGUUUAUAUGCUGGAGAAAGCUGUAGCCGUUCCCAGUUCCUUAAUUCAUGUACCCAUUCCAUCACGGCAUCCCGUUGCAUCGGAAGCAGUUUAGUCAUGCUGGCCACAUGACCCGGGAAGCUGUCUGUGGACAAACACGGGCUCCCUCGGCCUGAAAGCGAGAUGAGCGCCACAACCCUGUAGUUUCCUUUGACUGGACUUAACCGUCCAGGGGUCCUUUACCUUUUUACGCCUUAAUACACAGUAGGAAACACGUUAGACACAAGUGCUUUGAAAGCCAGGCAAACCUGGCAUUACAACCAAGUAUACCUUUGACAGAGAGUUGCAAGCCAAUCUUGGUCCCAGGGCAAGUGUACUUGUGUGUUACAUGUAGACGUGAGCACAUGUUUGUUGCAUUCAUAAGCAACAGUUUUUGAGUAGUCCUUAGUCUCCCACCUUUUUAAAGUUCUCAUUCCCCCCACUCCACCCGCCUUCUGGGCAGUGGAAGAGGGAGAUUCAACCUAAUGGGGGCGGGGGCGGGAAUGCAUCUGUUAGGGGGCUUUGUAGGAAAGAGAGACUUCAGUACACCAAUUAAAACCAAAGCUAUCCACACAGAGUCUUUGCCCAAAACAACCAUGAGCUUUGCCAGCAACAGCCUUAGAGCAUUUAAGCCCCUGAAGUGCUGGCACUAUUUUGUAUUUUGUUUUUUACUAUUAUUGUUAUUAUUAUUAUUAUUAUUAACCCUUUUAUUGGCAUCACAUACAACAUCCAAAACAAAUCAAUACAGAAUUACCACUUCCCCAGUGGCACAAAACAUUUGCUAAAAGUAAUGAGGCAGAGCAGUCUGUCGUCACAUCUCAUGGUCUCCUGGGAGAUCAGACGUCUGCAGUGUAUUUCGACGACAAAAAACCAAAUAGAGAUAUUUCGCCACUAACUUGGUGAGCUCCUGAUCAUUCCCCAGUAAUAGAAAAUGCAUGACCUCUGACUCUGGUUUCCAUUUGAGGAUACAGAGUUGAUCUAGAAAUUGCUGGCGGAGAUCAGCAUAUAGUUUACAAUUGAGAACCACAUGUGUAAGGGUUUCCACCAGGUCAGUUGUGCAGUUUUUAUUAGUUUUAUCAGCUUUUGUCUAAUGACUAAUGCUUCAGCUGAGUGCUAUUAUGGAAGACAACUGAGAGCAGGAAAGGGUGCAUUUAACUGGGUUUGUUCAGUUUCUAAGGUUUGAGUUGCCAUUGUCGUGCCUGCAGGCACAGUGGUGGCCUUGAGGACUUCACCUGAUUUCUGUGAAUCCUGUCGCUGUCCUCUUUGUUAUGAGGCAAUGAGUGUGGCUACCUCUUCCCCUCACCGCAGAAAGUUCAUUUUGCUGGAGGAGGAAGUUGGGGCAGAAGCCAACACUCAUUCUUCUGCUUUUCUAGGCUCGGAUCAGUACCUAAGCAGACUGAGAAAGUAGGGAGGGAAAGGGAUCUGGGAGACAGGGGAAAGGAAAACCGGGGUGGGUGGGAUGAGGCGUUGGAAGUGUGGUGUUGCCGAAGUCAGAAAAGGAAUUGCUUGUAUGCCAGAGAGAAAGUGACUACACAUGCCGGAUCCAGUAAAAUGGGUCCUUUUGAAGAUUUGUGAGGGGGUUUCUGCACACACUCUGGCAAAUCAAAUCACAGAUCACAUCAGCCUUCAUUGACUUAACUGUACAAAAAUAAUAAUCACAAAUUUAGUGCUUUCCAGUGUUUCUAGCUUGUUCAAAAACAUUGAUUCAAGGAGUAUAACCCACUGCAGGAGGCAGUGGAAGGCAGGAGUGCCUGGCGUGCUCUGGUCCAUGGGGUCACGAAGAGCCGGACACGGCUAAAUGACUAAACAACAACAUAGCUAUAAUUUUUACAAGAGAUCCCCUUAAACCACCAUCACAUCACGUGUUGCCUUUGGAUCACAUCUCUGUUAUGUGAUUUGUUGGUGGGCUUCUUUCCAUCCUGUGCAAAAGCCAUGAAUAUGCUUUUUUUAAAACAACAGCAACAACAACUUGUUAUGUUGACCAUAAGAAAUUGCUGAUGAAAAGUGGAAUAACAUUAUAACUUGAUGCUUUCCCCCCCAGAUGAUGAUGUCUUGCGUGAUGAAGAGUUAGAUAAAGAGCUCCUCUGGAACCUUCAGCUUCUGUCGGAGGUAUUGUAGAGAAUGCUGCUUUUAAUGCUUUAUUUUCCAACUGUGUACUUGAUCCAUACUUAGUUUCGGUAAAAAAAUCGAGUACUUUUAAAUAAAUGCUUUUCUAUGCAGAACCUUCUAUGUGAUGUAUACACAGGGGGAAGCCUGUGAGCAUUGUGACUGAGAAUAAACUGUCUAGACAGAGUGGAAGGUGUUGUGUCAAAUUACCCCAGUGCAGUGCCUGCUGUCCUGUUUUGAGCAGUGACAGCUAGAUCCUUAUUUUAUCCUGAAGGACGAGCGGGGAGACAAAAGCUUCCCUAUCAAGGUUGCAGCUGCAGUGCUUUAAGUGGGAACACAGCAGUUGCAGCAUUGCUCCCAGAUGUUCAUCCUGUGGGGAACGUAAUGGCACAUGAAAACUUCUCAUUGCCACACCCUUUUCCUUCAGCCCAUUGCGACGGAUUUCCUUUGGAAAUUCACUUUAUUCUUCUUCUUUACCUUUAUAUCCAACUGUUAAACCGAGAUGCUCAAAACAGCAUAUAUGCAGUUUGCAGGUGGGGUUGUCCUGCUUUAGCCAAAGCUAGCAGUCCUAAGUUCACUCACGAGGGCAAUCUAAAAGGCAAGGUCUGGCCAGGGUCUGAAGUCAAAUCCUUGGGGCAAUGCAAAAGCCAAGUUCCAAGAGCAGUUCCAGGUGCUGCAAGGGGGUGCCUGAGAGUCACACAGAUUCAGUUAAGAGCAAAUGGAUCCAAUGGAUCCAAACUAAAAGAAAGAAGAUUCCACCUAAACAUUAGGAAGAACUUCCUGACAGUAAGAGCUGUUCGACAGUGGAAUUUGCUGCCAAGGAGUGUGGUGGAGUCUCCUUCUUUGGAGGUCUUUAAGCAGAGGCUUGACAACCAUAUGUCAGGAGUGCUCUGAUGGUGUUUCCUGCUUGGCAGGGGGUUGGACUCGAUGGCCCUUGUGGUCUCUUCCAACUCUAUGAUUCUAUGAUUCUAUGAUUCAAAGGGCUCCAAAAAAAUCAAGUAAAACUUGCAACGGGCACGUUUGGUGGGGCUGGGUUGGUACCUGGGUCCUAUUUAGAGUAGCUGCAGCACUCAAAAUGCAAAAGAUGCAUUGAUUUUCUCUUCCAGAGCUUGUGUUCCUGUGUGUCGCGUUCCUAUUUUGUUGAUGAUAUAUUUAAUUUCCGAUGUUUCAACUCUUUGGCUAGAUCACUCGUGUGGAUGGGAAGAAGUUGCUGCCGUACAGGGAGCAGCUUUUGAAGAUUCUACAGCGAACCCUCCAUUUAACCUGUAAGCAGGGUUACAUUCUGUCUUGUAACCUACUGCACCACCUUCUUCGUUCUGCUACACUUAUCUACCCCACAGAAUACUGCAGUGUGCCAGGUGGCUUUGACAAGCCUCUUUCUGAAUACUUUCCUAUCAAGGCAAGGAUUUUAACUUACUUAGGAUUAGAGAAUUCCCCUUCCCCCCACCUCUCUCUCUUUCUCUUUCUCUCAAAAAGAAUCUAAACUAUUAUUUUAUUUGCGUUUAUUUGAGGAUUCACCUAACCCCCAGCAGCGAUGGAAAGUGUAAUUGAAAGAUGCAGUGCCAAUCUUUAACAGAAAUUUUAUGUUUAUGCUUUUGCUCUCUCUAGCACAUGCCACCUCAAGGGAACGGGCAUUUAACGCACCAAAAAAAUAGUCUCUAGAAGUGAAAGCUUAAUGUUAAAUGCAUUGUCGAUCAGCUCAUUAUCUAGGGGCUGCCUCAAACGAUGUCUCUGCACUGUUCUCCACAGUGUGUGUAAAGGAUGCAACCUCUUUCACUACAUGUGUGCCAGUUCUCCAUUGAAGUUAUAUGCAGCAUACUGUCAAUCAAAGAUUUCUUCUUGUGUAUUGUAUUGUACUCUGCAGUACAUUCGGAAGUUGAAUGCCUUGCAAGACGAACGUUUUGGCUCCCGGAUGCCGCAAAUCCGGAAGUGAUUGUCCCGGUUUGCGAACGUUCUUUGGAACCCGAACGUCCAUUGCGGCUUCUGAUGGGCUGCAGGAGCUUCCUGCAGCCCAUCGGAAGCUGCGCCUUGGUUCCCGAACUUUUUGGAAGUCGAACUGACUUCUGGAACGGAUUCUGUUCGACUUCCGAGGUACGACUGUAUACACAAAGUGCACCUAUUGGUCUUGCAACAUGUGAAGCUACUUGGAGCGCCCAAUUUCAUACAAAACUUUAGGGUGCAAAUCAGAAGCCGGCUCUGGUUAAUUUUCACCGAUUCAAGUGAUACCUUUUGUCCAUCUUCGCGGUCCAGAUCAUUCCUAGGCAUGUGUAAUGUAAUCAGUAUAGAUAGGAGCAGUUUUCACCAUUAUGUUGGCAUCAUUCCCGGCAUGAUUGUCAGAUUUUACACGCUGCCGGUGUGAGUGCAUGUCCAAAGAUGGUUAGGACUGCUUGUCAGUACGAAAAACAUAGGGCAAACCUGCUUACUGUGUUAGGCCACAGUGGGUUCAUGGCAGCUGAAUCUGAAAUGAUCUCCCACGUCCAACAACUUUAGCCGUUGGUGGUUAUUUUGUACAGUCCUAAAAUACCUGUUACAUUUGAUACUUUUUUUGUGGAAAAAUGGUUGACGCCCAAGGAAGAAACAGUGAAGCAUUAUAUUAAAACACAAAAGAAUAAUAAAUCAAAAUAAAGUGACAGCAACAUUGAUUCUCACUGGAACUAAAAACAGGUGGCAAUAAGUUACUGUUUUUAAUAUGUGGGCAGUAACCGUGUUGUCAACUAGGCAGCAGUGUUUAAGAAAAAUAAUUGCUGCUACCUUGGACUGGCUGAAACCUGGCAAGUGAGGCGCCUGCUUGUCUCUUGAAAAGUCUGUGUUAAAGGAGCAACUCAAGGACUGUUGCCUGCUUUUUGGUCCUUGAUGAAAAUUGCACUAUUUAUUUGUUUAUGCCCUACCCUUUUCCCUGAUGGGACUCAAGGCGGUAAGAGAGCCAGUAAAAUCAUAGAAAAAGCAAUAAUUAAAAGCAAUUAAACAUUUUUAGAAGUAAAACCACAUAGAAUCUAUAAAAAUCAUGCGACUAAUUACAAUAAAGGCAGUUAAAAGCAGUCAGUUCCCAAAAGCGUAUUGGAACAAAAAACGAUUCAUCUGCUGGUGGAAGGACCAUAAGGAGGGAGCCUGUCUAACUUUUCUGGGGAGGCAGUUCCAAAGUCUGCGAACAUUAUUCUGGCUGGAACAUGUCCUUGAACUGUGAUCAUGCCUCUUGUUUGUUUCUAUGGGAGGUGGAGCCUACUAUACAAAGAUAACAUUUAAAUUAUUAGCUCCACCCAGUUUUGCCUAUUUUCCCUCCCACCACUUUCAUGUGGCCAUUGGAAGGCUGUCCAGAAGGGCCGAAAAAGGUUGCUAGUGAGCUUUAUUUUCAAAAUUUGCUGCAAGGCUCUCCUCUCAGUUAUCCCAAAUUGUUACCUUCUAAGAUAUUUUUGUGUGUGAUGCGUUCCUCUUGCCCAGGGCACCUGGUGCCAACCCUCUUUUGUCUAUAGUAAAUAUUACCCUCAUGUGUAACAUGUGAUAUGUUUACCUUUCUCACUAAGUGCGCAAUGCGCACUCUUCUCUUAUGUUUACAGGACUGGGGGAAGCCGGGGGAUCUAUGGAAACUUGACAUCCAAUGGCAUGUUCCUUCAGCCGAAGAGAUCGCUUUUUCCUUUGAGUUGCUGGAUUCCUUUCUGCAGCCGGAACUUGACAAGCUAGGAAGCUAUGCAGAUGGAAAUCUUGAAAUGUCCAGGUUUGUAGAAGUGUAUUUGGUGGCUGGGUUUUUCUCAAGAGUUUAACAGACAGGCACAUUUUGGGUUGGCAAUAUUUGCACAGAUAGACUGGCUGUCAGCUUGCAGAGGGGCUUGGUGGGUGUUCUGCAAACCUGAUGUGGUUGCAGACACAUCUUUAUUGUGCAGUUCAGCCAAUUCAGCUUCUUGGCGUAUGCAUUAAUUUGCUGGUACCCCUGAUAAUCUGCUCAUCUGUUGUGUGAAUGUGUUUCACUUGGAUUCUUGAAGAUUUUGGCUUGCCGAAGUCCUCCUGGUGACUUUGUAGUUGAGGACUUCCCAGUUCAGAACAUUUGUACUUGCAUAUCAAAAAUGUAACAUGUGAAAUGCCCUCCAGUAAUGAAUCGUGUGUGGCUCCCGGUUUGAACUGGAGCAUUCCCAACUGCCACAUAAUGGGUUCAUGCAAGGUUCCACUUAAAGAAUAAAGCUUCCCCUUUGCCCCCUGCACUCCCCACCCCAAAAUCUGUUCUGCAUAAGUUCGAUCAUAGGAUGACUUUGUUAAAUGCGACCCUAUAUAGGGAGCCAGUGUGGUUUAGUGCGAAUAUACCUGUCCAGGUAAAUGAGAUCCAGGUUCUAAUUUCUGCUCAGUCAUGGAGCUUGCUAGUACUGAGUUGAUUUAAAUCAAGUUUCCUGUUUAUGCUACUUGGUGUAUUUUCUCAACAAAGCUUACGCUCUAAGUAACUAGAGGUGGGAAACGUCUGAGCAGUGGGACAGAUGUGCCCCUCUGGGCAUCCCUAUCCCCUGCUUGCCCUUUGCCCUCCAGUGUGGCAAUUAGGCUUAAGAACCGCCUCCCUUGGAGUCAGUGGGACAAUAUUUUCAAGCUAGUUGCCGCCCGUGCGGCAGGUUCAGAGUGGUGUUGCAUUUGGAGGGGGAAGGGUUAACACAGUUCUCCGGAUGCAGGUCAGCAUGAAGAGAGAGAGAGCCAGUUGUCAGUGAAGUUAACUUUUUAUUAAAGGAAACGGAUCUACAACUCGGCGACCUUUCCCAGUAGCUCUUGCCCCUUUGGCGCAGUUGCCAGGAAUGAAGGUCCCUGCCUUCCAUAUCUCUCCACAAGGCUCCUCCUUGCCUGGAUGUUUCCCAAGCUGUAUUAAACUGCUUUUGCGCACCUCUGGCUUCUGUCCUGCCCUCCUGAUUAUUCCAUGCAUUCUUGGAGUGGGAUGGGGUGGAGUGGCGAACUUGUUGCAGCAGGAGAGGGAUCCUUCAGCUGCCUCUUGAACCCCCUCCUCUGCUUCAGCCUCGAGGUCUGAACUGCUCCCCAUCACAGGCUCUUCCUGCUCUCUAAACCCUGUUGCCACUCCAGCAUCCGGCACCUUCUCCCAAUCUUCUCCGGCUGACCUGUGUCCCCUCAUCUCUUCCCUGGCUCGUAAGCCUUCCUUCCCUGGGGUUUCCCCAGCAUGUACCUCUCACAACUCAUCCUGCCAGUCCCUGCGCAAUGCAGUCCCCUUGGGAGAUCACAUAACCCUCCAGCAACUUAAGUUUGAAAAAUCUCCAGUGCUCUUUUAAAAUCCAAUUGUUGCUGGCGUGUGUGGUUUGUGUGUCGGAUCUGGGAGAUUAUGCACUGUGCUAUAAAUGAGUCUGUAGCUGCAGUAGUCAUAUUUUCCAGACUUCUGGGAUUCAGGAAUUGCGUGAUUACCCAAGAGUACCCUCUAGUGGGCAUGUCUGCAAAUAACCCUCUCUCCACCUAAAACUAGGUUUGCUUACCUUAAAUAUUGAAAUACAUUUAACAUUUGCUUUCAGAGAUGAUGUGCAGCAGUGUCUUUCUAUAGUACACAAUUGCCUGAUCGGGUCCGGGAACAUUCUGCCACCUCUGAAAGGAAACAGAGUAGAGCACCUGUAAGUACACUUUGUUUUGCGCAGGUAAUGCAUAUGUAGAGUGGCCUAGAGAAAAAAUCACACGCUGAUACCUGCCGAUGUCACAAAGGAUUGUGUAAAACUUGUAUUAGUUUUACACUAGAAUCAUAUGUACUCAGAACACCCAAUACAUCCCAUAGUGACUAGUCAGAGAGAGAGAGUCACCGUGUUUUGAAGCUCUGCUUUUCAUCAGCAAGUUCUCUUCGCACUGGGUGGCUGAAAACUUUCUCCUGACCAAAGCCACUGAAUAACUGAUGGUUCAGUCUAUACAUAGAACCCUACAGUUGAAAGGAAUUCCUGAAGAUCGUCUAGACCAACCCCCUGCAAUGCAGGAAUAUGCAGAUGUCCCAUAAGGGGAUCGAUCCUGCAACUUUGGCAUUAUCAGCACCAUGCUCUAACCAACUAAGCUCUUCCUCCUGCCUGCUCAGAAGUAAGCUCCAUUGAGUUCAGUGGGACUUACUCCCAAGUAAGUGGGCAUAGGAUUGCAGCAUACAUUGGUUUCUCAUAAAGAAAUAAUGCCUCCUGCACUUAGUUUUUUGAAAUCUAUUUAUGUGUCUGUUUUGUAGUUGCUAUCUCAGGGAAUCUGAAGGAUAUAGUGAUGUCUGUCCUACACAAAUGUUCAUCUGUCCACUCACUGAGUUGUGGCAGGUAAUAAGUAAUAGACCCCAUAGCAAGCUAAGGGGGAAAGCUUCUCAUAUGGAAGAAAACAUUCUUGUAAAGGUGCUACCAUAAUUUCCUUAUUUAGCACAUACCUAUUGCCGUAGACCUAAACUAGUCAAACAUCUCACCAAAAUACAACUUGUGGGAAUCAUUGGUUUUUUUUUUAAUGCAUUUAUAAACUGCUGUUUAUGAGUAAUUUUAAGGCUUGUUUAUAAAAAAUAGAAGCAUAAAGUAAAAUUUAAAAAUGCAAGCAAAACAAGCAACAGAUGAAUACUAAUUAAAAGUGUUAUAAAACUGAUGUCUAUCCAAGUUUUUUGUGCUGUCUCUUGGACCCCCAAAGUGGCUCACGAGCAUUAAAAACAAUAAAACGUAACAUACAGAAAUCCCAGCAACUGAAGCCUGGCCUGGCCUCUCUGUCUUGCCAGCUUUCUUAAGGCUUUUAUUCAAUUACAGAAAAUCAUAGUAGCAGCUGUUCUUAGCCUUCAUAAAUGUUAACAAUGAUUAAACGCAUUUGGGAAAGUGCAUCAGAUGUUUUGUUUCAAUGGUGCGGAUGCAUUGUAUGUCCUGCAGGGUCCCAAGCCUAGUGUCUUUAGAAGAGAUCAAACUCUAUACUGGUGUUGACUAUGGUAAGUUGGUUCCAUAUUUUGUAUUUUGUGUUGCGUACCAGUACAAAAAGGGACGCAGGUGGCGCUGUGGGUUAAACCACAGAGCCUUGGACUUGCUGAUCAGAAGGUCGGCAGUUCGAAUCCCCGCAAUGGGGUGAGCUCAUGUUUCUCAGUCCCAGCUCCUGCCCACCUAGCAGUUCGAAAGCACGUCAAAGUGCAAGUAGAUAAAUAGGUACCGCUCUGGCGGGAAGGUAAACGGCGUUUACAUGCACUGCUCUGGUUCACCAGAAGCGGCUUAGUCAUGCUGGCCACAUGACCCGGAAGCUGUACACCGGCUCCCUCGGCCAAUAAAGCGAGAUGAGCGCCACAACCCCAGAGUCGGUCACGACUGGACCUAAUACUCAGGGGUCCCUUUACCUUUACCUUUUACCAGUACAAAAACUAAUCAGCCUGAAUUACGUACUCCAGUAUUUGGGACACAUAGAUGUACAUGUGUGGCAUUGUAUUGGACACUGAAAAGGAUGGGGAAGUUCCUGUUUACAUACCAGGGACAUGUGUGCAAUGGAGAUAGUGUGUGUGUAAAUAUAUGCCUAAUGAACAUAGGCAUGCACGUAUGUGUGUUUGUAUGGAUCCUUUCAUGCCCUCCAUCUAGUACUGUUCGAUGAAAUCUGCCUUUGUGUUUAUUUUGGCAUGUCUGCUUUCCAGUGACCUGCAUCUUGCAGCAUCAUGUAAUGUAGAGCUAUCAGUAACGUUACUAUGAGUAAUGACUGGUCUUACCUUAUCUAGAUCUGUCAAGAGCGAAUUACAGGGAAUCCAUCAGCAAAAUCACAAGGAAACUGCUACGUAAGUGCGUUUUUAGUCAUUUCUUUUUGUCCUCCUGCACCUGUACUAUGGCUUAAGGUUUGUAGUUCAAUGCAGAUUUAAAAUCUAAUUUUGGCGAUGGAAGUGGAAACAUAAUAAACAGUCAAUCACGAUUUACGCCUGCUUCCAUUCUUAUAUAAAGCAUUUGAGCUUAAAUAAAGUGUCCAGUAGUGUAUGAACUAACACUUUUAAGUUGUCCUACUGAAUUGGAUUUUCCUUUCUACCACGAUAGAUUAUAUACUUGACCAUUCGGAGGAUGAUACAAAGUCUUUGUUUCUCAUCAUAAAGGUAAAGCCAUAACGUCUGGCAUGUUUUCUAACAUUUUAAGCUGGGCGGGUGGAUUUGCUCUAUAUAAUGCAAGUUCUUGUUUUGCAGAUCAUUGGGGACCUUUUACAUUUCCAAGGGUCACACAAGCAUGAGUUUGAUUCGCGGUGGAAAAGCUUCAACUUGGUGAAAAAAUCAAUGGAGAACAGGGUUUGUAUUUUAGCCUAUCUAAAGUGGCAUUUCUGAAGCUCUCAGGAAGAAAUUAUGGGCUACAUAGGACCUUAAAGGUACCCCUGCCCAUCAGGGCCAGUUGUGACCAACUCUAGGGUUGCACGCUCAUCUCGCUCAAGAGGCCGGGAGCCGGCGCUGUCUGAAGACACUUCCGGGUCACGUGGCCAGCGUGACGAAGCUGCAUCUGGCGAGCCAGCACCAGCGCAGCACACGGAAACAUAGGACCUUAACUUAAUAUUAAUUGUUUACGAAGCAAAUUGUCGAUACUUUUUUUCAGCACUAACACCCCCCCCCCAAUGAUAUUCAGGAAAAUAUCCUAGCAGUUCAUGUUGUUGAAAAAAAUGUAUUCAUAUUAAUGUCAGGAUGUUGUCGUACAAUCUUUCAGAAUAAAUGAACCACAUUCAGAAGGCAGAGGGGUGGGGGUGGGGUAGGAAUAUAGUUGUUGUGCAAUAGUUAUACUUGCCCUGUUAGCUAGGGAUGAUGGGAGUUGUAGUCCAAAAACAGCUGGAGGGCCAAGUUUGGCCAUCACUGGAAUAGGAGGUUGAUGCUGAAUUGAACCGCUGUUAAUUGCACAGCUGCCAAUCAUUGCAGCAGACCCAUUGUGAAACAGGACACAUUUUCUGAGAAAAUUUGCCCAACUGUAUGCACUUGAAGGGCAGUAAAGGGGGAACAGGUGGUGCUGUGUUCUAAACCACUGAGCCUCUUGGGCUUGCUGAUCAGAAGGUUGGCGGUUCGAAUCGGCGCAACGGGGUGAGCUCCUGUUGCUCUGUCAGUGUUAGACACUGUAAAGCAGCAACUGAUAAUCUCACCUGCCAGUUGCCAUCUUUGAAUAGGGUUUUCUUUGUUGCUAACCAGUAGGACAUACUGAGAAAGACGAACUGAGAAAAUGAGGAAAAAGCAGGAAGCUGAUUUCGAACAUGUAUAACUGUUUUCAUGUACUUAACGGGUUUGCUUGCUUGUUUUCAGCUUCAAGGCAAAAAACAGCAUAUCAGAGCACUGCUGAUUGACAGAGUCAUGUUGCAGCACGAGGUAAUGCACCUUUCUUUACAACCAGUGUUUGCUUGUUGGUUACCUUUGAAUUUGUAAAAAAGUUGAAGCCUUGUUGUUUACGCAUGUUCCUUACAUUUAUAACGUGGACACACACAAAUGCACAUGUAUUCUAAUUUAGCCUUUUCUGUUUAGCUAAGAACACUCACUGUUGAAGGCUGUGAGUAUAAAAAAGUACACCAAGACUUGAUCAGGGACCUCCUGCGUUUGUCCACAAGUUCAUAUGGCCAGGUAAGCAUAUGUUGGGUAUGUCAAUUUUCUGCAGUCAGGGUGUUAAUGGGGUUGGCUUUCAAACUAGUGUUUGCAGGUCAUACAGAUCUGUUCUGUUUUUAGGGCAAAAACCUACACGAAGGCACUGUGUGCUAGCUUUCUUCCUGUCAGUGAUAUUCUUUCGGUUUGGCAAAAGACUGGCCACUUUUUCAACCACUGCCAUUCUCGUCAGGAGCAAUGACGCCAGCUCUGUUAGGGUUUGACAUAUUUCAAAAAGUAAAAACCAGGACACCCCGAAAGCUGUUGAAAAAAGGGGGGGGGAGAUGGGCAGUUCCAUUCACAUGGCAUAGGGAUUGCCCUUCUCCUCCUCUGCAGAUGCUUAGCUAAUGCAGGCUUCCUCAAACUCAGCCCUCCAGAUGUUUUGAGACUACAAUUCCCAUCAUCCCUGACCACUGGUCCUGCUAGCUAGGAAUCAGGGGAGUUGUAGGCCAAAAACAUCUGGAGGGCCGAGUUUGGGGAAGCCUGGGCUAAUGGCUAGUGGUUCCUGUCCCUCGUGGCAUAAUCCAAAGGGGGAGACUCAUAAAAUGCCAGGAGUCAGCCUGAAACGCAAGCAAGUGCGGAAAAACAUUCAUUAAUUGAAGUUUAUAGUUCCUGUCUUCAGCUUUUGUGCAACUGUCUGUGUUUGUUGUUUCUUUAGGUCAGAAACAAAGCUCAGCAUGCGUUCUUCACAGCCCUGGGGACUUACAACUUCUGUUGCAGGGACAUCAUUCCUUUGGUUCUGGAGUUUUUGCGGCCAGAUGGGCGCGAUGUCACCCAGCAGCAGUUUAAAGUAAGCCAGGCGCUUCUUCAGUCUCUUCAUAGGCUCCUGUUUUGUAUUAUGUGAUGCACAUAUUAACGGGCUUGUGAAGUUGUGCUAGCAUGACUUUGAAGUGGUGGCGUGACUUGUAAGUAGCAGUAUGUAGUGAAUUGCAGUAAUCAUGAAAAACAAAUGACACUAAUGUCAGUGUACCAAAGACUUGCCUUCUCCCCUGAAUCUAAUGUGUUUCCCAUGUUCUUCAGAGAUUGCCGUUUUAUUAAUACCUUCUGCAAACCCUGAGCACAGACACCUUUCUAAAUCAUUGUAACAUGGACUGGUUUGAAUGUGGGGUGAGAUGGGAGGGUGGAGUUUUUAUCCAGUAGAACGGGCUCAAGGAACUUAGUCUUCCUUAUUUAGUUAAACUCUUAGUUAUGAAAUGCAUUAGAUUGGAUGUGGUAACAAAAGGACUGGAACAAUGUUUCUGUAAAGGGGAGUCAUUUAUUAUUUUUACUCUGCUCUUCAGCUGAAAAUAUGAAGCCCAGAGUGGCUUUCAUGAGAUACAGUGGUACCUCAGGUUACAUACGCUUCAGGUUACAUACGCUUCAGGUUACAGACUCCCCUAACCCAGAAAUAGUGCUUCAGGUUAAGAACUUUGCUUCAGGAUGAGAACAGAAAUCGUGCUCCGGCGGCAGCGGGAGGUCCCAUUAGCUAAAGUGGUGCUUCAGGUUAAGAACAGUUUCAGGUUAAGAACAGACCUCUGGAACGAAUUAAGUACUUAACCUGAGGUACCACUGUUCAGUAUAAAACAUGCCACAAAGGAAAAUGGGAUGACAAGGAAAACAACAUAAGGAAAACAACCAAUUUUUUAAAACCACAUUCAUUCCAUUAACUGUGUUCCGUCAACUUUUUGCAUUAGUUGGGGGCUUGUGGGACUGAGAGACGUGCAACUGCAAAUAUUUCCUCUUUUCCAUUUAGUUAGUUGUGAAGAAGAAUAUUAUCUGAAUGUAGAGCAAUAGCUUAGAAGAACAAGCUUCUGCACUGUGUCUGCAGCCUUGGAAGAGUGAAGCAAGUGCUUCUAAGAUGAAAGAGCUGCUUUUAAAAAGUAAUGUCAGAAGCGUAUAGGGUGUAAUUCAGCAUCACGGUGUUACGGACAUUCGGUUCUGCAAACAUUGCAGCUUGCCAGAUAGAAUGAUCCCCCUGAACAUUAUUCCGGAGAUUUUCUCAAACCCCUCCCCCCCAAAAGCCAAUUUUGGGCAUGUGGAGUGGUGGGAGCCCUGUUACACAAGCAGAAGUCCUUGCACAGGGCUUCUGCUGAUGGGGCACAUUAGAAACCCUGUCCCUAUUGAGUAUGCUGCAUAUUUACUGUUAGGUAAAAUGAUGCAGGAACUUUUCCUUGCCGCUGCCUCAUAGAAUAAAUCACCUAAAUUAGUGUUUCUGAAAUGACAACUGUAUAGACGACUCUGUAGGCACCUAACAGUACACAUACUUUACUGCAGUUCUUUGAAGCUAUGCAAUCAAUUCUAGGUUAAUAAAUGUGUCCUCAAACCUCUUUUCUGUAGGGUGCCUUGUAUUGCCUUCUUGGAAACCACAGUGGGGUGUGUCUGGCAAAUCUUCAUGACUGGGACUGCAUUGUCCAAACCUGGCCUGCAAUAGUCUCUUCUGGACUUAGCAAAGCAAUGUCUCUGGAAAAACCAUCCAUAGUCCGACUAUUUGAUGACCUUGCAGAGAAGAUUCAUCGGCAGUAUGAAACAAUAGGAUUGGAUUUUACAGUAAGCAUGAAAGAUCUUCUUCACUAAGCAACUGUUAGGAAUAACUGGAUGAAGGGAUUGCCAGCGGUUGCAUGAUGAUCCUGGAACCCAGUAGCGGCAUGUGCGAGUCUUGAGGGUGGGCCACCAGGGCCAAUCAAACUGGGUUCAAGGUAGUGCUUCAUUCAUUCCUGCUUCCAACGUUAUGCCGGCAGAGUGAUUGCCGUCAUGAAUGAAAACCGUUUGCAUGCUAGGCAACCAAGUAAUUUUUGUGCACAAAAAUUAAACGGUUCCCACAGGAUUCGUGAAACUGGGGGCUCAGGACAGUAUGCCAGCAGAGAAAUGUGUACCAGCCGCUCCUCAUAACUGAUUUACCAUCCAGAAUAGACCCCGCUCGGUUUUUGUGUUCCUGCUGGACGAUUGUGCUGCCAGUGGUAAUGCACAAAAUGGGUCAAAUAGGCUUACAUCUGGUGCAGGGCUUGCUAUGGAAUGGAUGUGCUACAGUCAAGGAGCUUCCAGAUCAAAGCAGCAGGCAGUUGCUGCGUUUUCAUGGGUGACGCAUCAGCAGAUCUUUGUAACCUGCUCUGGGAGCCUUUUUUGGUUGCAAAGCAGAGGGAAAUACCACAGGGACCCAUGAAGAGGCAUGUAUGAGGCCCACACUUUAAACCCCUGUCUGCACUUACCAUGAAACUCACAGCCCAGAUACUGUGGGAAGCACAUAGCUGAACACCCAGGUACAUGCAGCAGUGGUGAAUUGUGGAGCUACUCGGAGCAUGAAGAAGCCCUUAUGACAUGUAUUUAGUUACGUGUUGGGGAGCCACAGCUAAUGAUUUAAUUCUGUAUUGUUUUUAACACUCGAUUGGGAGCCGCCCAGAGUGGCUGGAGAAACUCAGCCAGAUGGGCGGGGUAUAAAUAACAAAUUAUUAUUCUUAUUCUUAUUAUUAAUGACUAGGUGCCUCUAAGAUAAUUACUACAGGAACAGAACAUUUGGGUGGUUGUUAUAUGAGGUGUUUCUGACAGGGAUGUGAAAAUAUAACUUUUAAAGCAUUUGUGCAGUUACAGUUUUCAAAAAGGCCAAAUUCCUAUGGGAGAGUGGAGAGGAAGAUGCAGUGCAGAGAUACCGUAUUUUUCGCCCUAUAGGGCGCACCUAGUUUUCGGGGGGGGGGAAUCCCCCCCCCGCCCCGCAGCUCUGUGCGCUACUCCAAGACCUUCUCCCUGCUUUUGCGGGAGGUGGCGGAAUUCCCCCACCUCCCGCAAAAGCCCACAGGAGCUGCGCGCAACUCCUGCGGGCUUUUCGACCAGGAGGGAGAAGGGCCAGUCAGUCCCUUGUCCCUCCUCGGGGAAAAGCCCCCAAGAGCAGCGCGCUCUUUAAAGGGCAGCGCGCUCUUCUCCCUCCUGUGGGCUUUUGCGGGAGGUGGGGAAAUUCCCCCACCUCCCGCAAAAGCACGCAGACGGGAGAAGGGAUUGACUCGGUCAGUCAGUCCCUUCUCCCUCCUUGGGGAAAAGCCCCCAAGAGCGGCACGCUCUUUAAAGGCUGUGCGGCAUCCUGCAGGCUUUUCUACGAGGUGGGGGAAUUGCCCCACCUCCUAGAAAAGCCAGCAGAAGCCGUGCAGCCCGUUUAAAGAGUGCACGGCUUCUGCGGGAGGUAGGGGAAUUCCCCCAUCUCCCGCAAAAGCCCACAGGAGGGAGAAGGGACGGACUCGGCCAGUCAGUCCCUUCUCCCUCCUUGGGGAAAAGCCCCCAAGAGUGGCAUGCUCUUUAAAGAGCGCGCAGCUCCUGCGGGCUUUUCGACCCAGCUUGUGGGGCUGGUGGUGGGAGGAAGCGCUGCUUUCCCCCACCGCCAGCCUCAAAGCCAGGUCGGGGAGCAGCGCUAAGGCAUCGCGUGCCUUCCCGCUGCCCCCCCCUAGCUUGUGGGGCUGGCAGUGGGGGGAAGCGCUGCUUUCCCCCACCGCCAGCCUCAAAGAGCAGACUCUCCUGGCUUCAGUGAAAGCAACGCGAAGCCUCCGGAGCGCAGGCUUUGGAGGCUUCGCGUUGCUAUCGCUGAAGCCAAGGAGCCUGCAUUUGCCCCAUAGGACGCACACACAUUUCCCCUUCAUUUUUGGAGGGGAAAUGUGCGUCCUAUAGGGUGAAAAAUACGGUACAUAGAUGAUCACAAAAAUUAAGGAAUGAUGCUCCAAGUAGGGGCUAGGAUUACUGGGCUUUUGGAAUAUUCCUCCAAAAGCAGUAUUAUUCAUUUGAUAGACUGAAUAUAUAUUUUAGAGAGUUUUUUGUGUGGCGGUGAAGGUCUUUUGAAUCCAUAAAAACACCGCGUGUAUCCCUAGGGAGGAAUGUCCUUGUUGUGUCAGAGACUUCAUUUGCAUCUCCCUACUUUGCCAGGUUCCGGAGAAAUGUGUUGAGGUCGCUGUCCUCAUGCAGAAGUCGGGGGUUCUGCAGAACAACUGGACGAGUCUUAGUUCAGAGGAGCUCCAACAGGGAAUUCAGCGACAGAAAGAAAGGAAUGCGGAGUCCUCUCAGUAAGUGUACCGGGGCCAUAGUAUAAAAAUAACACUUUAAUUUACUUAACUUUGCAAUGAUAUGACUUAACUAGUCAUUUUAUUUUGCAGUAAUUUAUGUAUUUAUUUAUUUAUUUAUUUAUUUAUACAUACAUACAUACAUACCCCUCACAUCUGGCUGGGUUUUCCCCAGCCGCUCUGGGCGGCUCCCAACUUUCAGCUUAAGGUGGUUCUUUUGUUUUGCUUUUGUUGUUUUACUGUGCUUGUGUAACUGCAGGAGAGCACAGAUGCCAGAGACACAGGGAGUAGCCAGCCAGCCAGCCUCUGACUCCCGGGCCCUGACUCCAGAUAGAGACUGAUUUUGUUCCUUUGAACUGCCCUUAGACCUCUGGGUAUAGUGUGGUAUAUAAAUUCAAUAAAUAAAUAAUUUCACUUUUCCGGAAUGUGUAUAAAGCUUCAUUUGCUGUUCAUUAGUCUUUGCCCCUUUUGCUUCUAAGAAAAAAACAAUCUCAUGACUGUCUUGUCUAUUCAUGAACACUUCAAUAUGUCUGUCUUUGGGUUGAUAGACAAACUGGAAAAUGUGGUGUUAAUUUUUUCUUGUAAGGCACCUUGUGGCAAGUCUUUCAUAUGCAGCGGCUGCCCCAAAGAAUUGCAUUAUUUUAGCAGGUAGCAGAAGCAGAGGAGGCACACUGCAUAUUAUUAAGGUCCUAAAUGUGAUUAAUAUAGGAAUGUUUCUUUUCAUUUUCAGAAACUAUGAAAACCUGAUUAACAAACUGUUAGAUUGUGUGGAUCAAAGAAAUCUGUAAGUAUGCGUGUUUCAUUUCCAAAACGUAAAUCGUGCUCUGGCUUUGAGAGACUUUUAGACAGGAUUGUGAGAUUAUUGUGUGCAAUUCUUUUCCCAGUCCCCAUUCUAAAUUCUGUGGCAGAUAAAACAGCUUUCUUUCAAGGUUUCUGUUCGUAUAAAAGGGAAUCAAAAGAAGAUUCAGCCCAGAUGUUUUGACACACGACAGUACCACUCCCCCACAGGUCUUACGGGAUCAGAGCUGAAAAAUGUGAUAAUUUAACUCAGGGAUGGGGAACCCGUACCCUCCCCAAACACCUACCAGCCCUAGCCAGCUUGACCAAUGGUUAGGGAUGAUGGCAUUUGUAGUCCUGCACGUGCCUAGUCACAGGUCCUCCACCCGUGCUUUAGCUAACAAUAAAUUUUGAUUGUUUCGCUCAGCAGCUGCUUCUGAGUAGAUUGCAUUUUUGUUGUAAAUCAUCUGAAGAUGGAUCACGGUACCACCUCUUGACUCUUCAUGUUUUUCUUUUUAACAAUGUCCUUAUCUUGAAGUAAAGCCUCAACUCAUUGAAAAUCCCCAUUCGUAUCUCAUCUCUCUUCUUUGGGCAUUAUAGAAGGCUGCAGAAGUGUCGACUUUCAAAUGCUGUUGACAUUCCUCAUCUUCCUUCCCCUUUGGGGAUUUAUUUUUUUAAAUUUUGGAAACUCCAUGCCUUUAAGUACAUUAUGAUUAAUCGUAUCUUACAAUCUUAUGCAGGAGUUCGGUUCCAGUGGUUCAGUGUAUAAGCAAAACCGUGUAUACUCAAACCCUUGGAAGGGAAAGCUUUUAAUGUUUAAGGGAACAUUAAAAGGGAAGCUUUUCAUGUUUAACAGAGUACUGUAUUUUAAUACUUUGUUGGAAGCCGCCCAGAGUUGCUGGAGAAACCCAGCCAGAUGGGCGGGGUAGAAAUAAUAGAUUAUUAUUAUUAUUAUUAAACCCCUGUGUGAGCAUCCUGGGGCUUCCAGAACUGGCGUGCUGGCUCCAGAAGCCCUGGGAUGCUUUUUCGAGAUCUCAUGGAAGCAUCCCAGUCCCCGUGAGAUGAGGGAGCCUUGCUUCCUGAAUAAGGCCCUCGCUUCACAACGACUCUGCAUUUAAUUUGUGGGGUUUCAAACAGCCGGCCUUCGACUGCAUGUAGUUGAAAUUGUGGAAGUUAAAUGCGUAUAAGAUGCGAUCGUUUGGAUAUUAGAAUUGCAUAUAUCUCCACUACCACACACACCACCUUAAAAUUAGAGCUGUUGUAGUCCAAAUGAGAGUUGGGCCUCUUGCGUGCAAACACUGGAGUGGAGAGGAAUUGGUUUGGCUCUAAAUUGUGCUUGAUAACUGCAUUCAUUCACUCUGUCCCAAAAGGCUAUUUGAUUCCAUUUCCUCCCUUUCCUCCUCAGCCCCUGGAAGUUUGAGCACAUUGGCGUCGGUUUUCUGUCCCUGCUUUUAAGAGACGACAGGGUGCUGCCUCCGAGAGCCAUCAAAUUCUUUGUGAAAUGUCUCAACCACGACGCCCUAGUGGUUCGCAAGGUAAGAAAAUGGGAAAUGAAUUUAAGUGGUUGGUUGCCAGUGCUGAUCCCAUUCCUCUUAACCCAAAGGUAGAGUCACAUGAUAGCUUUCGCACAUGUCAAAGUGAUAUUUGCUGCUGUUCUUGUAAAUGAGGUUAAUACGCAUUUUGCUUCCACACUACCACGUUCUGGGCAAAGGUCAGACUUUGUGGACACAUGUUGGCUUGCUGAUUUGCCCAGUGUGCAAAGGAAACCACUUUGGAUAACUAACACCACUGACAUUCCCUUUUGGACUUCCACUGCAGCCCAAAGUGAAGGGAUGAAUUAGGGCUUAGUAAAUCAUUACUAAAUCAUGGGACGUGGGUGGCACUGUGGUCUAAACCACUGAGCCUCUUGGGCUUGCCGAUCGGAAGGUCGGCAGUUCGAAUUCCCACAACGGGGUGAGCUCCCAUUGCUCGGUCCCAGUUCCUGCCAACCUAGCAGUUCGAAAGCACGCCAAAAAGUGCAAGUAGAUUAAUAGGUACCGCUCCAGUGGGAAGGUAAACGGCGUUUCCGUGCACUGCUCUGGUGUUGGUGUUCCGUUGUGCCAGAAGCGGCUUAGUCAUGCUGGCCACGUGAUCCGAAAAAACUGUCUGCGGAGCGGACAAACGCCAGCUCCCUCAGUCUGUAAAGUGAGAUGAGCGCUGCAAACCCAGAGUCGUUCGUGACGGGACUUAACUGUCAGGGCUCCCUUUACCUUUACCCUUUAAAUUGUUACAUAGGCAUCUGCCUUACACUAGGCCAGACUAAUUGUACAACUACUAGCUUUAGUUUUCUCUAACUUACAGUGGCUCUCCAGGGUCUUAAAGAGAGAUCUUUUCCAUCAUUUGUUGCUUGGUCAUUGGAUGCCAGGCAUUGAAACCGGAGCCUUCUGUUUGUGAGAUUUUGUUGUAGCUUUUUCAUAAUACAAUAAGAUCAAAGAAACUAAUCUAAAUAAAAACUAAAAACAGGGAGACAGAGAAAAGAAAGCACCAAAGGAAAACCAAAAGAUAGAAGAAAAUAAAUGAGAGAAAAAGGAAAAAUAAAAAGUACUUCCGAUUUUCUGUCUGUCAGAAAGAAAUUACUCAAAAUAUUAACUCAAGAAUGGCAUCCAACUGAUCUGCUUUCUGUGAGGCAAUAUUUUUCACAAUCUUCCAACCCAAAUGACUUGUAUUAAUUUAUUUUCCUUUUACACAAAAAGUCCAAAAGAGGUUCUCCAACCUCAAGCCUUCCCUAUGGAGGACACAUGUUCCUCCACCGAACUCUAGUCUCUUCCUCACUGAACCACAGGAAGCAUAGGGUGAACCAUUAGGAGAAAAUAAACGAGAAGAGUAGUGGGUCAAAUUUAGUGCUAUGAAGGGGGGGGGGGGAGUCCAGCUUUUAUGCUUGCUUUUUCAGUUACUCAAAGCUGCCGGGUGAACCCUAAAGUUAUUUUCCUUGGGAUGGGAUGAAAACGUGGGUGCAGAUUGUUUUGGAAGGACACCACUUCUUCCUAUGGAUCAACAGGCAGGAGUCCACUCUUUGGGUAGUUCUGUAAUAUUGGGCGUGAGAGAAAGGGAGGGCAGCUUUUUUUUUAAGAUAGCAAUGAAGCAGUUGCUUGCACUGAAUUUUUAAAACGCAUAAGCUAAACUUUUCUUUUCCUUUUUUUUUUAAAAAAGAUGGCGAUUUCUGCUGUGGCUGGCAUCCUCAAGCAGCUGAAGAGGCCUCACAAGAAGUUGUCCAUCUGCCCAUUCCAAAUCAGUAAGUGUCCUGAACAAAAACAGUCGCAAGCACCGAGUUGCUUUUCCCCCGUGAAGUUUUUAUUUAGUGUGUAUAUGUGAACUAGGUAUGUGUUAUAUAGUGGGUGUCAGAUUUCAAGUUUGCAGGAUCUAUUUUUCUUUCUACUGGAACCCAGAGAUCUAUCAUUCAGAGCAGGGAACAAAAUGGCGGCUUGAGGAUGGGUGGAGACAGUUGCAUGCUUCACUCAUUGAACCGUACCCUAGAGCAGGGAAAGCGGGGCCGUGUAAUGUAGGGCCCUCCAGAAGUUGCUGGUUAUCGAAGCUUAAAAUCUUUCCAAUAGAUCUUUGCUGCAGGGAGUUUUGUCCCCAUUAAAGUGCCAAAGAUGGAACCCUACCGCCUUCCCAAGAUGGUUAAUCUUGGUGUUCUUCAGCGACAAAGGCAAUGAUUGAGCUAAUUUUCAGUAAAGCCCAUGGUAAUACUGUACAUUUUGAUGGGCUUUUUAUACUUGUGCUUGCUUUUUGUUUUAAUUAUUUUGAAUUGACGAAGUAAAGAGAAGUUGGGUUCAUAAUGCAGCUUUAGUGGUUUUAUUGUCAUCUGAAAGCAAACUGCGUGGCUUUCCUUUACAUAGAAAAUGUAGAUCACCCAAGAAUUGUCAGAUUUCUUCUGGAAAUUCAUGUGAAAAGGGUGGGGGGAAAUGGUAUGUAUACAGAUUCUUAAAACUAACUGUCUUGGUUUUUUAAAAAAACUGAUUGUUGAUGAAGGGCGGUAUAUAAAUUUGAUAAAGAAAUAAAAUAGUUCCAAUCACAGGAACUGAAUCACAGGGUCAAUAAUAUAACAGUUGCUUUCUCUUUUUGUGUGUGUGAGCAGGUGGAGCUCCUCAGCUUCCUGAGAUCAGGGCCGGCGACAGACCUGACAACCAGUGGCUGCAUUAUGACAGUGCAAGGUUACCAAAGACUAAAGAAGCUUGGGAGGCCUGUCGUUUCGUGGAGAAAACCCACUGGGGUUACUACACCUGGCCUCGGUAAGUACGGGCUUGUCCCACCCCCUCCUCUGGUGAACCUGGAAGGGGCUAGGGCACAGAUGGGGAACCUGUAGCCCUCCAGGUGUUCCAUCAUCAUUGACCACCGGUUGUACUAGUGGAGGCUGAUCUAGGAUUUGUGGAGGGCCACAUGUUCCCCAGUGCGGGACUUAAAGCUCCCUUGUUGCCUCUGUCAACAGCCUUCUAACAGCUGUCUUGCUGGUAUAACAACAACUACUAGUAGUAGUACGUAUAUCCAGCCCAUCUGUCUGGGUUGCCCUAGCCCCUCUAGAAGGCUUCCAACAUAAUAAAAACACAGCAAAACAUCAAGCAUUAAAAACAUCCCUAUACAGUGGUACCUCAGGUUACCUAGGCUUCAGGUUACAUACGCUUCAGGUUACAGACUCCGCUAGGUAAAGGGACCCCUGACCGUUAGGUCCGGUCGUGACCGACUCUGGGGUUGCGGCACUCAUCUUGCUUUAUUGGCUGAGGGAGCCGGCAUACAGCUUCUGGGUCAUGUGGCCAGCAUGACUAAGCCGCUUCUGGCGAACCAGAGCAGCGCACGGAAACACCGUUUGCCUUCCUGCCGGAGCGGUACCUAUUUAUCUUCCUGCACUUUUGACGUGCUUUCGAACUGCUAGGUUGGCAGGAGCAGGGACCAAGCAACAGGAGCUCACCCCGUCGCGGGGAUUUGAACCACCGACCUUCUGAUCGGCAAGUCCUAGGCUCUGUGGUUUAACCCACAGCGCCACCUGCGUCCCGACUACAGACUCCGCUAACCCAGAAAUAUUACCUUGGGUUAAGAACUUUGCUUCAGGAUGAGAACAGAAAUCAUGCAGCGGCAGCGCAGCGGCAGCAGGAGGCCCCAUUAGCUAAAGUGGUGCUUCAGGUUAAGAACGGACCUCCGGAACGAAUUAAGUUCUUAACCCAAGGUACCACUGGACUGGACUGCCUUCAGAAGUCUUUUAGAAGUCAAGAUAGUUGUUUAUUUCCAUGACGUCUGAUGGGAGGGCAUCAGGCCCUCUAUCUAGUUCCCUGUAACUUUGUUUCAGGCAAUGAGGAAACUGCCAGCAGACUCUUGGAACUGGACCUCAGUGUCCGGGCUAAACAAUGCCGGCGGAGACAUUCCUUCUGGUAUACAACAGUAUACAUACUCUGCUUAUUCUUGUUUUGGGGCAGCAGCAACAUUAUUUCUCCAAUAUACCUUUUAAAUAUAUUCAGCUCUUUGGAGUUUGAUCUUACCUAUCUACCUAACACAUUUUGCUACAGUGACUUGCAGUGGGGUCUAAAUUUUGAUUUGGCCAGGCUACCUUUUAAAAAAUCACAUGUUUGAGCUCUGUAGAAGUUUGCCUCCCUUUGUCACUGCUGUACUGGAACAGUGACCCAGGAAAUGCUGUACCUACAUUUUUUUGUUCAAAAAUAUUGAAACCUAUCUUGAUUAUUUUUUUCUCUCUUCACAAUUUCUAGAAAUAUGGAGAUUUAUGCUUCUGCUGAAGAGCAACCAAAGCUUGGGAGGAGUAGAGAUGAGCUUUCAGAGGUGAAUGUGAUAUUUUAAAACUCCACUGAAAGUAUUUUCUGGGACUGAUUCAAGCUUGAGCAUAUAUAUUUAUUCCUGUUGUGAUUGUGUAUGUUUGAACAAUUCCAAAGCCCACUUGUGUAAUCUGGAUUCCACAUAGAAACCUAGGCAAAACAAGAAUGCAAUUAAUGACUUCCCUAUACACCAAAGAACUUUUUGGUAAUAAUGGCUAUUCUGAUUGUGUUUCACAUUAUUCUGCCUGCCCCCCAAAAUGGUGAUUCAGUUUAUAAAUGAUAAAUGUAAUAGCUUGAUCAUUUUCCCUAAUGGGAACAUUAGUUAAAAGCAGCUGCUACACAGGUUCUCUUGAGUGUGUCGCACACGUGUUUUUAACAAUAAUUGCAAUAUGAAGCUAUUCUUGCAUGGACCAUUAUAGAAUCUCAUUUAUGUGACCCAGUGCACAUGUAGAAGAAGUCAUAAGCAACAGCUUGCCAUGAAUUAGUGUUACUUGUUGCCCAUUUGUGCCUGCUCUUCAGUUUUCUUUCCCAAGCCGGGAGGCACUCACAGUUUGUUUCUCUCCAUAUAAGCGAUGAGCGGCUUACCAUUCAAAAAAAGUUGAUUUCUGGCCACCCAUAGAUGCUUUGGCUAUUACUUUACUUCAAAGGUAGCCAACUUGGUUCUCUCCAGAUGUUAUUGGACUGUAUUUCCCAGCAGUCGCAGCCUGGAUCACCAGUAGUCAGGGGUGAUGUAGACCCAAAAAAUUAUCUGGAGCACACCAUGUUAGCGACACCUGUUUUCAGUUCACCACACUGGUUUAUGAAGCAUGUGGGUUGUCUUGUCAACUCAAAAUGAUUGCUGAACUGAGGAUGGAAAGUUAGCAAAAGGAAAAGCAUUGCUGUAGAAAGCUACACAAGGUCUUUCAAAGCUUAAGAUUUAAGAGUAUUUUGUCCUUGCCAGGAUUCUCAAAGUCUUGCAGUUCUUCUAAUGAGACUGGAAAAAUGAGGCUGGUUCAAAGGUUGUCAAUUGAGUUGCAGCAACUGAUGUCCUGGCUCUCAUUAAUUUCACAGGAACCCAGAUUUCUAUCGGUAUUUCCACAAAAUGCAGUUGCUUUGAAAUGAGCUGCACUCGUGAAUAAUGUUUCCUUUGACCCAAAAUGCCUGUUUUUGUUAAGGUGUCACAUAUCUGAGACCAUAAACUAUGCAGACUUUUUUUCCAGGACGGCGCCUGACUGUUGUACAAACCAAACAGGGCCUUUUAGUUUCAUUGUGCUCUUGUUUCUUUCUUUUUUUACAGGAGGAGCAGGUCAUUUAUGAUCAUUUUUCUGAUCCAAAAUUUGUUGAGCAGUUAAUCAAGUUUCUUUCUUUAGAAGACAGAAAAGGAAAGGAUAAAUUUAAUCCUCGCAGAUUUUGCCUCUUCAAGGUAACCAGUUAUCUAUUUCUUUGAUUAGUUACACCUUCUAGAAAAUGAUAAAAUCCUUUGCAAAAAGCUCUAUAAUAUAUGAUCCAUGCAGUUAAACUUCUGUAUUCCGCAUAUUGAUCCAGUUUGGACAAUUGAACCAAGGUCUCCUAAACCAUGGUUUAUGAAGCUGUGAAUGAGUGCCAUGACCAAGUUGUCCUUAGCCCCUCUAUUAAAGGGAGGUGACACUGUGGUCUAAACCACUGAGCCUCUUGGGCUUGCUGAUUGGAAGGUCAGCAGUUCAAAUCCCCAUGACGGAGUGAACUCCCGUUGCUGUGUCCCAGCUCCUGCCAACCUAGCAGUUUGAAAGCACACCAGUUCAAGUAGAUAAAUAGGUACUGCUGUGGCAGGAAGGUAAACAGCAUUUCCAUGCACUCUGGUUUCCAUCACAGUGUCCCAUUGCACCAAAAGUGGUUUAGCUGUGCUGGCCACAUGACCCAGAAAGCUGUCUGUGGACAAAUGGUGGCUCCCUCAGCCUGAAAACGAGAUGAACGCCACAACCCAAUAGGCACCUUUGACUGUACUUAACCGUCCAGGGGUCUGUUGCCCCCCCUUUUUUAGCCCCCCUAUUCUUAUCUUUGAAAGGGACGCAGGUGGCGCUGUGGGUUAAACCACAGAGCCUAGGACUUGCCGAUCAGAAGGUCGGCAGUUCGAAUCCCCACGACGGGGUGAGAUCCCGAUGCUCAGUCCCUGCUCCUGCCAACCUAGCAGUUCGAAAGCACAUCAAAGUGCAAGUAGAUAAAUAGGUACCACUCCGGCGGGAAGGUAAACGGCGUUUCCGUGUGCUGCUCUGGUUCGCCAGAAGCGGCUUAGUCAUGCUGGCCACAUGACCCGGAAGCUGUACGCCGGUUCCCUCGGCCAAUAAAGCGAGAUGAGCGCCGCAACCCCAGAGUCGGCCACGACUGGACCUAAUGGUUGGGGUCCCUUUACCUUUACCUUUAUUCUUCUCUUUGCUUACCUCUUUGGAGCUGAUUUUCUGACACAGAGUUUUCAUUUGCAGACAACCCAGAAUCUGCUGUGCUUAUAUUCAUUGUAUUGCCUUUUGUAAGACUUACAUGGGGGGGGGGGGUUAGAGACUCUAUAUCCACAGCAGGUAGUCCAACUUUCCAACGGUUUGAUUUUCUUCCUGAUGGCAAAUUCUUUCUAUUGUCUCCUGUGGCAGACGGAUGGCCACUUAAAAGUGGCAAUAUAUGCUUUUGGGGAGCUUGCUUGCAAAUAUAUUUUGAGGGAAAUGUUGAAAAAUAUAAUUUCAUGCACCUAUGUAGACAUGUGCAAAUGCAGGGGGGUUCUCUCUUAUUCCUGGGGGGGGGGGGGUGGCACAGAACUGCAGCUCGUCCAACACAGGGCUCUGUUGCUUUUCUCUCAUUCAUGGCUUAUGCAUCAUUUAAAGUUAAAACCAGUACAGUGGUACCUCUGGUUACAAACUUAAUUCAUUCUGGAGGUCCGUUCUUAACCUGAAUCCAUUCUUAACCUGAGGUACCACUUUAGCUAAUGGGGCCUGCCACGCCGCCACCGUGUGAUUUCUGUUCUCAUCCUGAGGUAAAGUUCUUAACCCGAAGUACUACUUCCUGGUUAGCUGAGUCUGUAACCCGAAAUGUUUGUAACCUGAGGUGUUUGUAACCCGAGGUACCACUGUAUCCUGAUCUAUGUAUAUAGCAUGCCUUAUUUUACUUUUAAUACAACUUUGGAAAGUGUGCAUUGUAUUAAUGGAUGGGAAAGUACCCCUUUUGUUUAUAUUUUUCAUGCGUUUUCUAGAAUUAACACUUUGGCACAGUUAAGUUGUGCAAGCCCUUUUCGUAAAAGUGACGAGUUUAAAACUAAACCAUGAAUCUUGUUUUAACAGGGCUUGUUCAGAAACUUUGAUGAUGCCUUCUUGCCUGUAUUGAAACCCCACUUAGAACGUUUGGCAAUAGAUUCUCACGAAAGUCCCCAACGAUGCAUAGCUGAAAUUAUAGCUGGUGUGAUAAGAGGAUCUAAGCACUGGACAUUUGAAAAGGUAGUGUGUACUUCGCUUAAUUUUUGCAGAAACGAAACAGCUGCGCAUGCACAAGGAUUACCACUUUCUCACCCCCCUGCAUGUCCCCCCACACUGUCCGCCAAAUGUGAUCCGGAGGGUUGUGGAAACCCCCAAAACAGAUUUAGGAAAAGGGCCAUUGUGCAACCAGAGAGCCUUGUGUUGACGGAACUACUUUCUCAGUGCUUUGUUGAAUGUAUCCUAUAUUUAUUUAGGUUAUUUUUUAUACUACACUUCAUCAUAAGUGUCGCAGGGUGGUGUAGAACAAAAUAAAAUGCCAUAAUUAAAACCAGUGCACACAGAAUAUAAACCUGUGAAAUCCCAAGGUGGUUAGAAAAGCUACCUUGAAUUCCUGAGGAAGAGUAUUAUAUAAAUAAUACCAGUUUUAAACUUUCAAAUAAAUCAUUGCUUUUUUUGAAGCCUACUCCACCCCAGUCUAAAAGUUGUACAUUAAUAUUAAUUGGUUUCUGGGAGUUCCUAAACAAAUACAUGGAAUUGCUAAAGUAUAUUUACCCCUUAGUAUCAGAAUCAUGAGUAGCUGAGAUUAAGAAUGAACUACUGUUUAUUCUCUGAUCUUUCGCCAUUGGCCCAAAAUAUUAAGGAUUCCGUGUUCUUGGUUUUGGGUUCCUCCAGACCUUAGGCUGCAGAGAUUCUGACAGGAGCUCUAUUUCAGAUUUCCAUACUGGCAACGUUACCUUGCCACAUCCUUGUAAGAAAUUACAUUUUGUUGAGGGGUUUUUUUGGGUUUUUUAAUUGAGACGGCUUAAACUUAAGCAGUAUCUGAGCAGUAUGCAAGAAAACAAAACAUGAAAAUACAGCAGCAGUGCUAAGAGAGAGUCCAUGUGUCAUAUGUACAGGGGUGGCCCAAGGUGAGACCUGCUGCCACCCCCACAAUGAGAGAGCAAACUCCGUAAGAAGACUCCCCUGCUGGGCAGGGGGAAAGAGAAGGUCCUUUCUGGAUAACCCCUCCCACUCGGCAGUGAGGCUUUGCACAAGCUCCUCCCUUCAGGAGAAGCAGGUGCAAAGCCCCAUCACACCACCUCUCGUGGGGGAGGGGAGAUCUCCCCUCCCUAUCUGCCGCCAGUCCCUCUCUGCUCCUAGAGACCAGCAGCAACGCACAACAGGAUGCCACUCCUUGGAGGGUGCCACUUGCGACAGCUGCCUUGCCUAGCCUCAUGGGCGGGUCGGACGUGCCUACGUACUUCUCAUGAUUUCUUUGCCUGUUCUCCCUUUUUGUACAGGUAGAGAACCUCUGGAAAGUUCUGUGUCCGCUUCUUAGGACAGCUUUAUCCAACAUAACAGUGGAAACCUACAAUGACUGGGGUACCUGUAUAGCAACGUCAUGUGUAAGUCCUGCAUAUUUCCUUUUUAAUUUGCUGUAUCUUUAAAAAACAACAACAAACCGAUAGAAGCACUAUAGUUCUCCGCUCUUCUUAUUCCUCAGUGAGGUGGGUACCAAGCCUCUUCCUUAUGGGAGGAACUGUUCAGUUCUUAGGUGCUUCUGUCACAGCUUGCCCUUUAGCUCAGGUUGCUACAGGGUAAGGUGUCUUCUCAGUCUUCUUCAGUUUUGCUCCCCCUUCCUCCAUGCCUCUCCCCUUUGCAGUCAUUUUUAUCCAUUUUUUGCUCUCUGCAAUCCAUCUGGUGUGCACAGGGCAAGGCUUGGACUUUGUUCUUAUCUUUUCUCUUUUUUGGGGUGCUGCAAAUGUGACGUGUUAUGCAGCCCAAGAGAAAGCUGCUAUCUAAUUAUUGGGUCUCUCUGGCUCGUCCUGUGACCAUCGGGGGGAAAUAGUGCCUUCGUUAGACAGGAAAUUACAGCUGUGGCUGCUGAGUCUUAAGUUUCACAUGAACCUAGAAAUUUGGAUGAAAACGUAUUUUUGAAGACCUGUGAUUCAGCCCUCUGGCUGUUUACUCAGAAGUAAGUCUUGCUUCUGGUCUUACUCCCUAGCAAAUUAUAGCCCAGGAAUAGGGUUUUGUGCACUCUUAAACGUGGGAAUAAAUACCAUUAAACUUAGUGACACUUACUUCUGAGUAACCUGCUUAGGAUUGGCGAUAAGGCUUAGAUCAAAGCUUUAGCAUGCUCAGAGACAAAAAGGGUAUGUGCUCAGGGCAAAAAGAACAUUUUAUACAAGUUGGCAUUUUGGUGCUGCAUUUUUUUUUUAUGAUGGUUUCUGUCUGGAUUUUUAUUUCUUGCUUGCUUUUUUAAAAAAGACAAGACAAAACACGUUGUUAUGCAAUAGAACCCACUCUUUUAGCAGCACAAAUGUUUGAUAUUGAAUUGUCUUUCAAAAAGCUUUACCAAGAUUUCACUUGCCAGAAAUCAUUUUGCCCCUUUUGCCUUUUAAAAUUGUUAAUACAGGAGAGCAGGGACCCUCGAAAAUUGCACUGGUUGUUUGAAUUGUUGUUGGAGUCUCCGUUGAGCGGUGAAGGAGGAUCAUUUGUUGAUGCAUGGUAAAUAAUAAUAAUAAUAGUAGUAGUAAAAAUUAAUAAAAAUUUUGCCUAUUUGUCGUAGGCCAAAGUGUGGAAGACAGUGGGGAUCAUAUUUAUACAGAACAGAUUGUUCCCUUUCUGACGGGUUCUCACUCUUGUCAGCUGUUGCACCACAGCAUACAGUAGUAAUUGCUUCUGGAUCAAGCCCCACAUAGGGUACACUGCAGUAAUCCAAUACAGUCAUAUCUCAUAUUACGUUCUUUCAGGUUGCGUCCCGCGGCGACCCAGAAGGACCAGAAAGGGUUACUUCCGGGUUUCGCUGCUCGCACAUGCACAGAAGCGCAAAAUGACGUCAUGCGCAGAAGUGGCGAAUCGCAACCCCUGCGUGCGCAGACGCGCCGCUGCGGGUUGCGCUCUUUUCAUGUUUCGAACGGGCCUCCGGAACGGAUCCCGUUCGCAGCCAGAGGUACCACUGUAUGGAAAUAGUCAGUACAUGAACUAAGCCAUCCAAGCUUUCCUGGUCCGGGAACGGUCAUGACUUUCUUACCAGAUGCAGCCGAUAAAAGAUGCUCCUAGCCACUGAUGCUGCCUGGACUUCCAGUGACAAAGCUGCAUCCAGAAGCAGGCACAUGCACACACCAUUAAAGAGCCGCUGGAACUAUUCUUAAUAUCCGUGCAUGUUGUACUACUGCAAUUUUGGUGGUUUUCAUUUCCAGCAAAGGUGUUCCUAUGGCCAUCCCCCCCCCUUUAACUAUAUGAGGAGCUGCUAGUUCAGGCAUAGGCAAACUCUGCCCUCCAGAUGUUUUGGGACUACAACUCCCAUCAUCCCUGACCGCUGGUCCUGUUAGGAAUGAUGGGAGUUGUAGUCCCAAAACAUCUGGAGGGCCGAGUUUGCCUGUGCCUGUUGCUAGUUCCCUUGGUUUAUUGUAAGCAAAAAAUUUAGUCAUUGGCCUACCUUUUGUGAGCAAUGAAGUGUAAGAGAAUUGUUUGUGUCAUGCCUUGGGGUCUUUGGGUGGCGAUAAAGGUGUGCUUCCCUAAGUUAAUGACCUUACUGUAUGUUUUUCUGUCUUUCCCCGCUCCCCUCCCCAUUCCCCUGCCCCCUCCUAGUCGACUGUAUGUCCUGCAAGGAGGUCUUGCACAGCAAGAAUGGCGAGUACCAGAGCUGCUCCACAGAUUGCUGAAGUACCUAGAGCCGAAACUCACCCAAGUUUACAAAAAUGUCCGAGAGAGGAUAGGAAGGUUAGUGUUCUCAAGUCCGUGCAUAGUUUUUAGGCCUGCAGCCCUCAGCUGAAAGCCAGAGGAUGGAAGCUCUCGCCCUUUGGCAGAAGCCUUAAAUAUGGUAUAAUAGCAUUAGUAAUUUUACUAUUUAUAUGCCGUCCAUCUGACUGAGUUGCCCCAGCCACUCUGGGCGCCUUCCAGCAAAAUACAAAAACACAAGAAAACACCAAACAUUAAAAACUUACCUAAUCAGGGCUGCCAUCAGGUGUCUUCUAAAAGUCAGAUAGUUGUUUAUGUCCUUGACAUGUGAUGGGAGGGCAUUCCACAGGGCGGGUGCCACUACCGAGAAGGCCCUCUGCCGGAUUCCCUGUAACCUCACUUCUCACAGGGAGGGAACUGCCAGAAGGCCCUCAAAGUCAAAUAUUAAUAUGUCUUUCCUUCAGAAUGCUGGAGGUUGUAUGAUUAAAUGCCCCACCUCAACAACAACAAAACCCUCUCUGUUCAUAGAAAAUUAGCACAUCAGGCUAAGCUAGUAUUCUUCUCUCUGAGAUGCUAGUUCCUCACGAAAGGACCUUUUUUACAUGGAGCAUUCAAACGUACAACCCCCUUCUCACAUAACAAUCUGAACGCACUCAAGAAGGCUCUACCUUGUGAAUCUUGUGAAUGUAUUAUUGAGAGCCAGUGUGGUGUAGUGGUUAAGAGCGGUAGUCUCGUAAUCUGGUGAAACGGGUUCGCGUCUCUGCUCCUCCACAUGCAGCUGGUGGGUGACCUUGGGCUAGUCACAGUUCUCUGAAGUCUCUCAGCCCCACUCACCUCACAGAGUGUUUGUUGUGGGGGAGGAAGGGAAAGGAGAAUGUCAGCCACUUUGAGACUCCUGAAGGGGAGUGAAAGGCAGGAUAUCAAAUCCAAACUCUUCUUCUUAGCCGUUAGAUUUCUAAGGAAGCUGUCAGAUUCUCCCCAGGAACUAGAAUGAGUGGUAAUUUCUGCAACAAAUUUGUGAACAGGGUUUAAAGGAAAAUAUUAAACGUGUAUACUUCAUUUUGUUUCGUGUAGCGUUCUGACAUACAUCUUCAUGAUAGAUGUUUCCUUACCAAAUACCGCUCCAACAAAAUCUCCCCAUGUCCAUGAGUUCACUUCCCGAAUACUUGAAAAACUCAAACCCCUCACGGAAGUAGAUGAAGAAAUUCAGAAUCAUGUUAUGGAAGAGAAUGGAGUCGGAGAUGAAGAUGAGCGAACUCAGGGCAUUAAACUCUUGAAAACCAGUAAGUGCCUGUGCUAAACUUGCGCACACCAAAUUAAAUGCCCAGCUGUACUUAUUUGAGAGUUAUUAUUUCAAUUCGCAUUCCGCUUUUCCACACGAGUGUCACCCAAAAUAAUUCAAAUCACGACAGCAAAUGUAUAUACAGGUGCAUUAUUACAACAAGCAGCCUAAUAUUGAUUGUUUUCAUACUGUGCCUCACUCAGAGAGAUUUUUUAAAAUAUUAAGAAAUUUAUAAAUGCUUUUAGAUGAAUGAAUGCUCAUUUCAAAAUGCAUCGAGAGAAUAAAACAUGACAAUCCAAAUAAUUCCUGUUUGUAAUACUAACAUUUUAAAUUCAUUAUCAAAUGGGCAAUAUCGACCAUUGUGUCUUCUAAGGCAGCUGAUAGUUGGAAAAGAUUAGUUUGAACCAUGCCUGUGUCUUGCUGUGCUCUGUUUGACCUUGUGCCAAGCUGUUAUGUUUGCCUUUCUUCUGCCUUCGACAGUUCUGAAGUGGUUGAUGGCAACUGCGGGGAGAGCCUUUUCCACAGCUGUUGCGGAACAGCUUCAGCUCUUGCCGUUGUUUUUCAAGGUACGUGGUUUGUUAGUUCUCUUUAAGCUUCAGAGGUAAUUUCUGAACACAUUAAACCAACAAUGCUUGACAAAUAGCAGGACCCGGGUGGCGCCGUGGUCUAAACCACUUAGCCUCGUGGGCUUGCCGAUCGGAAGGUCAGCAGUUCGAAUCCACACAACGGGGUGAGCUCCCGUUGCUCUGUCCCAGCUUCUGCCAACCUAGCAGUUCAAAAGCAGUGGAAGCAGAUAAAUCUUAGGUGUUUUUUUUUUUCAAAUUUAAGGAAGUGCGUUUAUUUUUCUUCAAGCACUUCUUCCAUUUCUCAAGUAUGAAAAGUUUGUUAGAAACAACAACAUAAUACUUUAAGUAACUCUUUUUUUUCAGCUGCUCUCUGUCUAAAUACUUACACAUAGAAACUCAUGCCAUACUAACAGGUUCUGCCUAAAACAGUUCUUUUUACAUCCAGUUUAUCUAUUGAGAGAAAUUAUUUGUCUUAUUUUGGCUUUUACACCUACUCUUUGAUUGAUUGAUUGAUUGAUUGAUUGAUUGAUUGAUUCAAGGUAUUUAUGUACUGCUUUUCAGGUGGGGCUCACAAAGCAGUAUACCAAAGAUUGGCACAAAAUUGCUGUGAAAUUGAAAGACAUCUAUUUCUUUAGGAGAUUGUACAACUCUUCAAUUUUCUGCUUCCCUAAGGGCAAGAUGGGCUUGAUGAAGCACUGCGUGUGGUUUUUCAUUAUCCACUCUUGCGACUGCAAUUUGUUUAAAACUAUUUUCAAUAUUGUAUUUUUUAAAUUGCCAUAACUCACCCUUGCUGCCCAAUUGUAAAAGAUGACAAGCCUUGAGCUAGGGAAGUCUUUUCAGGUUUAAUACUGCUGAGAAUUCAAUGCACAUGUUCAUUUCUUUGUAUGCUUCAGAGAAAACCCACCAAAGGUUGCCAUUUCUGGGAGCAACCCACGAAACACUUGUCCUAUUUAAGUCCUGUUUCAGUUAAGGGGAUUAGACAGAUAAUACAGAAAUAUUUCAGGGAGGCAAUUUCCCCUCCCUUUAAAGCUUUAAAAUCUCAAUUUUAUUGUCCAAAUCCCUGUAUAUUUCUAGAUUCUCAGAGCCAAGUAUUAUUAUUCUUUAUUAAAUUUAUAUACCACCUGAAGAUCGUAGUAGCGGCAUCUACUCAGUGUCCUUGGAGUAGGCAUAUUAAUAGCGAAACAAGCAGCUCACUUCAGCUGUUGAUUGUUUUGUGAAUGUACUUCAAUACAGCAUUUAGGGGCUUUAGGCUUGAAUAUUUCAUUGAUCCCAUCUUUCUAGUUGGAGAAGCUGAAAUUGUAAUCCUGCAUUGUAUUGAUUUUACAAAAAAGAAACCUUCUUUGGCUGUCGGUCUUCAACCUGGGUCCACUCACCUUUCCUGUUCUUCCUUCCACAGAUCGCACCUGUAGAAAAUGACAACAGCUACGAUGAACUUAAGAGAGAUGCUAAGAUGUGCUUGUCGUUAAUGUCUCAGGGAUUGCUGUACCCUCAACAAGUGCCUUUGGUACUUCAGGUGCUAAAACAAGUACGUGGCGCUUUCUUAAGCUGUGUAAACAACAAAAGCAUAUUUCGUGGUGUCAGCAUUCCCUUGAGGCAACCGUUGACAGUAAAUGCCUUCUGCCUCAAUACUUUUGGGGGGUGGGUCUCCUAUAAAAUUCUGAAUUAUUUGAUGACUACCAAAAUAGCCGUCCCUAUAGCAGGUGGUAUGGGUGUGGAGGGAAGACCUGUUUAUUGCAAUAACAUCUUGGAGGUCCCGGGCCACAGGGAGGUGAGGCUGGCCUCAACCAGAGCCAGGGCUUUUUCGGCUGUGACCCUGAUCUGGUGGAACGCUCUGUCACAACGCUCUGAGACUAGGGCCCUGCGGGACUUGACAUCUUUCCGCAGGGCCUGCAAGACAGAGCUGUUCCACCAGGCCUUUGGCCAAGGCACAGCCUGACCCCCUCCUUUGGUAAUCCUCACAGAACUCUAGCCCGAUAGUUGCCAUUAAUUUGAUUUGGACUGAUUUUAUAAUGAAUUUGAUUUUAGAAUACUGUGUUACUUUUAUUGUUGUUAGCCGCUCUGAGCCUGGCUUCGGUUGGGGAGGGCUGGAUAUAAAUAAAUUAUUAUUAUUAUUAUUAUUAUUAUUAUUAUUAUUAUUAUUAUUUAUGAUUCCCUCUGGGGUGCAGUACAUCUCUGCUUCCUCUGCUCAUGGAGACCUAAUGAAUUCUACCCCACCUUUACAGGGUUCAUGCCAUUAAUGAACUAGACAAUCCAAGCGAGGGUACUAACCCAGCGGCUAACGCAGUGGUUUGACUUCACCCCUAGAGGCGUACUCCGUUGUCUCUUUAGACAGAUGGAUGCCAGCAACAAGCCCAGAAGUUAAGCUGUCAUCUGAGGAAUUAAGGAGAGGGGAUUGGGCAUGGAAAUAGGAGUGAGCGUUAGGACAAAUGAGCAUUAGAGCAAAAGACCUGUUAUGUCUACUUGUAGAUAAAUUCUGAAAUGUAGCUAUGGAGAGUUUUUGCUUUCUCUGUAUAUGGAAGGUGGUUUAAAUGCAGGCUGAUCCUUGCUUCCACUUGAAGAAUUGCCUGUUUAAUUUUUUCUAACUGCUGCUUUUUUGUUAUUUUGCAGACAGCAAAGAAUAGUUCCUGGCAUGCUAGGUACACAGUGCUAACCUACCUCCAGACCAUGGUUUUUUAUAAUCUUUUUAUCUUCCUAAACAAUGAAGAAGCGGUAAAUGACAUCAGAUGGCUGAUUAUAAGACUGCUAGAAGAUGAACAGCUUGAGGUGAACAAUAUACCUGUGCUUGCAUUUCUUGACAGCCUGUGAAAAAUCCAUGUUUGCAAAAUAAAAGUUGAGCUUCGUAGGUAACGGGGCACCAUCCUGCCCAAAGUUUAAUCACUUUUAAAAGUUCUGUUGAUCUUGGUGGAAGAAUUAGGUAAUAUGAUCCAUAUGUGAACCAAACACUGCAAAAACCAUACAUCAUCAUCAGAAAACACUUGAUAGUAGUUUAUUACGUUUCCCAUGUUCAUUUCACAUCUGUAUUAUUCUAGUUAGCUUGUCCAUUUCAGCAACACUAAAGCUUUUCCAUUAUUGUUUCUUACAUUUGCUCUGCAAAGGUCCAUUCAAUUUCCCAAUUUUAGCAACUACGCUCUUUGUUGCUACCUUCAGGCCAGCAUAUGCUUAAGUCUUCCCCUUUGAAACCAGAGGGCCUUGAAUAUGCCUCACUUUUGUCAUGCUCUUUUGUCAUGACAUUCCUCCUUUUCUCUGAUAUAGCAUUGUCUUUUACUUUGCCCAGGCACUGAAUGCAUUUUUAAUUACCGUAUUUUUUGCUCUAUAAGACGCACCAGACCACAAGACGCACCUAGUUUUUGGAGGAGGAAAACAAGAAAAAAAAUAUUCUGAAUCUCAGAAGCCAGAACAGCAAGAGGGAUCGCUGCACAGUGAAAGCAGCAAAUCCCUCUUGCUGUUCUGGCUUCUGGGAUAGCUGAGCAGCCUGCAUUCGCUCCAUAAGACACACACACAUUUCCCCUUACUUUUUAGGAGGGAAAAAGUGAGUCUUAUAGAGCAAAAAAAUACGGUAUCUACUGUAUAUUUAAGAGGUCAGCAUAAGUUUGUUUUACGAUUGCUAGUGCUCUCAUGCGAUAUUUUGAUUAUAUGAAACAGAAGCUGCAAAUACAACAUUGUUCAUGUGUGAGUGAAAUAACCAUUUAUGGAGGCAAAUGAACCGAGCGAUAGGUUACCAGGGCAACUUUACUGUUGGUUAUAAUAGUUUCUGAAACAUUUUGUUUCCCAAAAUGGUAGUUCCUGAAGCAGGUUUGCUAGUGACCUAACUGCUGCAGGCAGCAUUGUUUUGAAUUUGAAGCAGUCUUUGGUUCCUGCUUCAGUGUUACAUAGCCCUGAGUUCUGCUUGCAUCCUAUGAGUGUUACUAGCAUCCUUUUACCACUGUUAGUUGGAACAUUUAUCCUGCCGUCUAAAACAAGCAAACACCCCCCCCCCCGCUGUUUGCUGUUCCCUCUUUAGCAGCAAUGCAGACUUGCGGAACUAAUUUGUAGAGCAAAUUUGCAAAUCGCCAGAUGAAUAGUACGUUCUUGCAAAACAGCGGUACAGAUCGGCAAAGCGCCUCCUUGUGUGUAAUCUCUUGUGACCUGGUUGCCAUGGAAACCUCAAAUCUUGCGGUGGUGGUAAUCUUGCGUUUCCUUGCCCUGAGCUGGCAAGCCCUAAAAUGGUGCUCACUUGUUACUCCAGUGCUGUUUUGCACGCUCUCUCUCUCUGUGUGUUACAUAAAGACAAGAGCAGCUUCUGCCAUCAAGUAGAGGCUAGGUUGUGCCUGGCAUGGUUGUUUAGGGUGAAGGAAAUAGUGGAUCCCCCAUAUCUCCUUCCUCCUUCCCAGCAUUUUGGUUCUCAGCUUUGAUUUAAAUAAAAGGUAUCAGAAAGAAAAGCUGUUCUCCCCUUUGAAUGUCCCUCAUAUCCCAUUCUCCUCACCCUGGCAGCUGGGUUCUUGCGGUGGGCCUUAUUAUUUCCAAAUCCUGCCCGUUCCAGGCCCUGCCCCUCCCACAUCCCAUUGCUUUCUUACCUUUUCAAAUUCAUUCUGUGAGGCUUUUAUUCUUUGGAUCAAGUCCCUUUUUCCUACUUCCAUGGGCACUGUCUUGAGCUUGUCAAGACAAUAACUAAUGGUGUGUCUUUCUCCUGUGAAAUUCCCUCUUUCUCUUUCUUCUGGCUCCCUUCUAACUACAGUCGUACCUUGGAAGUCGAACGGAAUCCGUUCCGGAAGUCUGUUCGACUUCCAAAACGUUUAGAAACCAAAGCGUGGCUUCUGAUUGGCUGCAGGAAGCUCCUGCAGCCAAUCAGAAGCCCUGUGGGACGUUUGGCUUCCAAAUAACAUUCGCAAACUGGAACACUCACUUCUGGGUUUGCGGCAUUUGGAACCCAAAACGUCCCAAGUACCAAGAUGUUCAAGGUACGACUGUACUUUCAAAUAUGCUACUGUUUCCCCCAGUUCUCAAACCACCCACCUUCCCUAUCCAACUAUCGGUCUGACCCCUUUCUAUGCUUCACUUCCAAAUCCCCGGCGCCCCUUCUUACUCCCACUCCUUGACUUUUCCUCUAGCUCUGCUCAUGCCUUCCUUCAAUCUGGUCCCUGCCCCCCGUUCCGAAACUGCUCUCUCAAAGAUCACUGGCAUGAUCUGGACCUCUGUUGCCUAAACUACUGUAGUUUCCUCCUCUCUGGACUCCUGUUGGAUUUCCAAUUGCUCUGAUCAUGUCGUGUGCCACUCCUUAAAUCCCCAUAUAAGUGAUAAAAGGUAAAGAAUCUAAAACACAUAGUUAACACUAUUCAGAAGUUGAUAUCCGCUGGCACAUUUGCGACUGGCUCUCCAGAGUACAAGCACCUGCCAACACUCUGCAUCCAAACCAGCACAUUAAAUUAUACCCUUGAACAUAAUAUUCUAAAGUUUUACAAAGCUAAAAGUCAGCCUGCAGACCCCUUAAUAAAUGAGCAAAGGAAGUUAACAGGCACUUGAGAUCAACUUCCUCUCAUUUUUAUACUAUGCGGGUGGCGCUGUGGUCUAAACCACUGAGCCUUGGGCUUGCCGAUCAGAAGGUCGGAGGUUCGAAUCCCCGCGACGGGGUGUUUUCCCCUUGCUCGGUCCCAGCUCCUGCCAACCUAGCAGUUUGAAAGCACGUCAAAGUGCAAGUAGAUAAAUAGGUACCACUCUGGCAGGAAGGUAAAUGGCGUUUCCGUGUGCUGCUCUGGUUUCACCAGAAGCGGCUUAGUCAUGUUGGCCACAUGACCCGGAAAAACUGUCUGCGGACAAACGUUGGCUCCCUCGGCCAGUAAAGCGAGAUGAGCACUGCAACCCCAGAGUCUUUUGCAACUGACGUAACUGUCAGGAGUCCUUUACCUUUACCCUUUUACCUUACUCAAAUUUGUGUUAAGCAAUGAACGUAUAGAGCCCAUUCUUAAACACACUCUGCUGAGCUGAAAGGUGAAGUGCUAAUAGACCCCAGGGUCAGAAGACUUGGUCGCGGAGUGAGCAAACUUGUCACCAAACCGCUUUCAUUGACAUCCCGUCGCAUACAUUAAAAUUUGCAUUUGCAGCUGAAUUCAAUGCGGGAACUCCUACAGAAAGGAAUACCAAGCAAGCCAAUCACUGAAAUCAUGAAUUACUAUGGGGUCGUUUGAAAAAGAUACCGCAGUGGGGCAAAUGCCGACUUGUCAACCAGACUUGUUCACUGGAGUAACUGGUUUCCUCGUCCGUCCCUAGGUGAGAGAGAUGGCGGCCACCACAUUGAGCGGCUUGCUCCAGUGCCACUUCCUGGUGAUUGAUGACCCCCUGCAGACUCACUUUGAGCAGCUCUGUAAGAGGAGGCUCCCGAAGAAGAGGAAAAGAGACCUCAGCACCGUGGUGGAUACCAUUCCUCCUGCAGGUAAAGCCAUACAUGAUGGCUUCUUAAGAGGGUAUUUGUCUGAGCUUUGGUGUCCUCACAUGCCUGAGACUAGUUCACCACCGCUGGAAAUGGUUUCAGUCCAAAGCAGUGGAAAAGGUGCUUCAUUGGAAGCUGUCGGUCUGCUGGUUCAGGAAACAGGAAGGCAACACAGGCGCAGUGACUAGGGACGGGAGAACCAAACCAGAGUAAACUCAGAUUCACAACUGAGGAUACUUUGCCAAGGGGAGCAGGAAGUAGGAGGAGGAAGCUAGAAGUUUUAGGAGGUGCAAAGCCCAGGGGCUUGUGAGCACACAGGUGGGCUUUGCGGCAGCUUAUGCUUAUUUGCUUGCAAGCUACUCUAUUGUACUGCAGUGCAGUGAGGCAUGUUAAUUGGGAGCAGCAUGCUACUUAGGUCUUUGUUUUUUGCCUGCUGUUUCUUCUUUCCAUCUGCCACCAAACUUGGAAGCGCAGGAGCUGUUGGGAAAGGACUGAAAAGUCUCAUGCAGCUCAGAUCUCCCUUUUCCCUUUCUGCUUUGACUUGUGGAGAGUUAGAAGGGAUACUGUACUACUCCAAGGAGCCCCAAACCCUCCUUUCCAUCAAAGAAAAGAAAGGGAGAUUUGAAAUGGCCUCGGGCCAGUAUACCUGAAGGAGCAUCUCCACCCCCAUUGUUCUGCCUGGACACUGAGGUCCAGCGCCGAGGGCCUUCUGGCGGUUCCCUCAUUGCAAGAAGCAAAGCUACAGGGAACCAGGCAGAGGGCCUUCUCGGUAGUGGCGCCCACCUGUGGAACGCCCUCCCAUCAGGUGUCAAAGAGAGAAACAACUACCUGACAUUUAGAAGACAUCUGAAGGCAGCCCUGUUCAGGGAAGUUUUUAAUGUGUGACAUUUUAAUGUAUUUUUAAUCUUUGUUGGAAGCCGCCCAGAGUGGCUGGGGAAACCCAGCCAGAUGGGCGGGGUACAAAUAAUAAAUUAUUAUUAUUAUUAUUACUUUUGAGGUCAGCUGGGGAGGCCUUGUAAAGUUUACUCCAGCCACCUGAAACAUUGUGAGUAAGGUAUCAGCUAUCACCCAUUGUAUAGUAGACCCAUUUUAUAGGAAAUCUUUAGAAAGAAAGGGCCCUUUCCCCCGCCCCCAACACACACAUACAAACACAAUGUUUUGUUUCUUGUACAUAGAAAGCAUCAAUGACUUUCUCUGUUGCAGAUUUGGUGAAGCGCCAUGCUGGUGUGCUGGGACUUAGCGCGUGCAUUUUAUCCAGUCCUUACGACGUUCCCACCUGGAUGCCUCAGCUUUUAAUGGACCUUAGUGCACAUCUGAAUGAUCCUCAGCCUAUUGAGGUAAGGUCCCUCUUACCGCAUCCCCUGGCAGCAAGGCUUUCUCACCUGAAACGGUUCUUAACCUGAAGCACCACUUUAGCUAAUGGGGCCUCCCGCUGCUGCCACGCCACCGGAGCACAAUUUCUAUUCUCAUCCUGAAGCAAAGUUCUUAACCCGAGGUACUAUUUCUGGGUUAGCGGAGUCUGUAACCUGAAGCGUAUGUAACCUGAAGCGUAUGUAACCCGAGGUACCACUGUACUAAUUCAUAGCUGAGUCCUUAAAGAAAACUGAGAAUAAGUUGGCUUAUCAUGGAUUUUUUUUUUAAAAAAAUUGCCUCUGCCAACGCAGGAUAGUUGUUUUAAAUACGCUGUUUAGAUCCAUUUCUCUGCUUCUCGCCACACAGAUGACAGUGAAAAAAACUUUGUCCAAUUUCCGGAGGACCCACCAUGAUAACUGGCAAGAGCACAAGCAGCAGUUCACUGAUGACCAGCUUCUCGUCCUUACUGACCUCUUGGUUUCGCCGUGCUAUUAUGCAUAAUGAGGUGAGAUUUCAUUGUGUGAUCGUGGGCCAAUAAUAGCUUCUUGAAAGCUUUUCUGGAUAAUCCAACCGGGCACCGUGCAAACCCAGCUCUAAACUGGCAAGAGAUGUGAUUUUAGACACGAUGAAAUUAGAUAGAUAACAGGGCUGUGGCAUAAAAACCAAGGCAUCUUUAAUGUAUUUACAGCUCCAUUAUCAUUAAAUUAAAUUUGCUUCCCAGCUCAGCUAAAGCCUAGCAAGGGGGUAUUUUCAUGCUUGCUUUGCAAGUUGGAACAUGGGUAGGGAAUAUUUGUUUGGCCUGGUGGGUCAUAUGAUUAUCUGAUCCCCGCCUCCAUGGAGCAACCCACCUGUCAAAUCACCUGACACUGUGAUGGGCAGUGAGUUCAACACUGCUUUGCAAUCAAGUUCCCCUUGCCAUGCAGCUGAUUUAGCCAGACCUGUGCCUGCCCCCCACACCUGAUGUCAUGUAGGAUGUUAGUUGUGGCAAAUGUGGGUGUGAUUGCGGGGGGAGGGGGGCGGGGAUAGGGCCUUGCAAGCCAAAUUGGGACCUGUGUCACCCCUGCAUUUGACUAACACUGACCAGCACCUCUGGCAGAGCUGGGUGGAGGUUGCAAUUGAAAGCAGCCUGGGGGUGAUGAGCAGCAGCAGUGGGGUUUGAUUAAAGGCAUGCUUCACAUUAACAAGACAUUCCAGGUAUAGGACAGCCCCGAUCCUCCUAAAGAGGGAAGCUGCCAUUCAUAUCCACUGACUGUGAAGGCUGGAGAGUGCUGGGGAAAUGGACUGCCCCUUUUCCCCAUGCUCCUGGCGGGUGGAGAAUCCCUGCUUCCAUCACAGUCUCCCUCCGCUAGAGCAGCUUUUUGCAAGGGGUAUAGCUGGCUUCGUCUUUCCGUCCUUGGCAGUUGCGGAGAGGAGAACAGGGAGGAGUGAUUAUAUAUAUUCUAAAUGCAAGCUUUAGCGCAGGUGCACACAUUCUUUUUCUUGCAAAACAUGACCCGAGCUCUCCUUUCUUGUUUCCUUCCGUCUUGCAGGUUCCCGGGAAAAGGAGGGCCCACUGCCAUUUCCGCAAAAAUAAAGGAAACUCAAAACUAAUUUAUUGUGUAUAGAACCCUUUUGGAUAUGGUAACUCUGAGGCUUAGCGCUGGAAUCCUUUAAGGAAGUACAUACCUUAAGUCUCUGUGGGAAGGACUCUUGAGGAUUUCUGCUGCACUGGGGAGAGGGGACUGCCGCAGCGUGGCAAGUCUUUGUGUCUGAAGGGAGCAAUCAUGAUUUAUUUCCACACUUUCAUGUAAAUUCCUUGCAUUAACCUGAAGCCCUUUAAAAAGAAAUCUUAUUCUGUGCAGGUGGCUAAUGCUGCAACUUCACAUUACAUACAUGGACUUUCGAACCUAAUUAUCUGCAAUUUUGGGUGCUCAAACUCUCCAUCUGAUCUGCCUGCAAGAGUGUGCAUCUGUGAACUGCUGACCACUCGCUUGUAAGCGUAGGCCAAAAAUGUCCCCCAUAACAUUGUUCUGUCUCUUUCCAGCUCCCAUGCAAUACCAGGCUAUGCAGAACUUUGAGCUGGUUUUCUUUUGAAGUCUUACCUUCUGAGCAAAUAUUUCCCCCUCUAUUGCUGUCCACAUCAGAGCAAGAGAGUUGUCCUUUCUGUUGACAGGUUUUUAAGUAAGAUUCUCCAGCCAGGUACUGAACCUUAACUUUUGCCUGCCUUCGUAAGCGGCAGUCUUGUUGUUUUUGUCCUCAGUUCAGUAGAGCCCACAGACAAGAGUGUCUCUCAGCUGUUGGUUUUAUUUCAGAGAACAAAAGAGUAUGUACAUAUGUUAAUAAUGAGUGGCUAAAGACUUUUUAAAUAUUCCCUGUUUGCUAGUCACACAUCUUUCCAUUUGCCUCACCACAUCUUGGAACAAGUAUGUAACUUGCAUUUAAAAAACCCCCAGAAGUACUGUAUCUCCCUCCGCCUGCCCGCCCAUCCCAAAUUUCUUUUCUUUCUGCAACUCUGGUGGCUAUUGGCUGGCUGUUUCACAACAUGUUCAAUAUGUGUUACAUAGAUGUAAAGGACUGUAUAAAUUGUAGAGGCACUGCACUGGCAAAGCACUGUACAGUUUGCAAAAAUUUUACAUAAUUCAUUUGUGAGAAUUAACUUUUAAACAAUCGCACUUUUAGGUGUUGAUAAUAGUGCUUUCAGCUUUUUGUAUCUGAUUCGAUGCCAAUUUCUUCUGGUUUUUAAUAUUACCCCCUCCCUCUAAUGAGGUGACUUUAGUUUUGGGCUUGAUUUUUCAUUUAACUUUUUAGUGAAUCUGUUGGUUUUUACUACGUAAUCUCUGCCACUCUGCCCCUACCCGCUCCCUCACUUUGGGAAUGCAAGCAAGUGACAUACUCUGGUGUGUGGUAAAUUAUAGAGUACAAGAAUGCCUCCCGUGUUGGGGGGGGGGGAAUCAUAUGAGAAUUGUGUGUAUUUUCAUCUUCUGCACAUCCUGUACUUUUUCCUUUGUAAAAACAGGAAUACAUAUUUUUUUCUCUUCAAUCCUCUGCCUGCUGGGAAACAACACCAUGUUUUUAAAGCACAACAGUGUAACCAGUACAGUAUCUCCUGAGAACUGAUACACAGAAAUAACUAAUGUAUAGCAUAGUGCCAAAAUGCCGCCUUCUCCUUUCAGUUGUGUACUUAGUUUAAAGCUGAAUAAAUGAAUUGUUUGUAAGAUCUGUG